CGGAAGUUGAUGUUUGCUCGGUGUGCGCUGUUUAGUGUCCCCGUGUAUUCGGCCAGCUGAAAGGUUCCCGGGGUGAGCGCCUGGUUCAUGCUGCAUUAGGAAACAUUGUCGCUUUAUCAACGGCCGAAGUUGGAAAGGAAACCCUCAAAACCGCGAGCAAACACUUUCUAUCGGGUAUAUUUAAAACUAUAUAAAAAUAAUGUGUUGGUGAAAUGCUGCCCGGGUUUAGGGGAGUGCAUCCACUAGGCAGGGGAGAUGGAGAGAUUAUACACACACACACACACGUAUUAAAUUAAUGGACUACUUGCUGUUUAAUCGCUCAUCUAUGCUAAUGUUAGAAGGUUCUAUAUUGUCAGUAUAUUGUCUGUUUAUUGAGGGGUAUAAAUAUAAUGUAUAUUCUAUAAUUAUAAAGAUGAAUAUAAUAAGGGUUCACAUUAAUACCAGUGCUUGAAAUAUUCCAUCAGAUAGUGAUCAUUCAUACAUAAUUUUAAGGGUAAAACUAAAUGUACAGUAAGAGUGGGUAUCCAUUAUAAACACAAGUUAAACUCACUAGUAAGGGAUUAACUGAACUAUGAUAGAAUAUAGAACAUUAGGGUGAUGGCUUAAAGGGACACUGGUAAAAGUGUAUUUUAGCGUAUUUUAUUAUUUACCACAGGCACAAUGGUGUUUUUAUUUGUAAAUAUAAUUUUUAUUGUUUUAUCAACGGUAAUUUUCAUAUUCUCAAGAAAUACAGAAAAUACAGUGUGGGGAUCGCAGGUCCAUUAUAUAACUAAGAGGAGAUAGAGCAAUAGCCAUAGAAAAUCAUGGCAUUAUGUGGGCACACAUGACCCAAGCAUCUGAGGACUCGCAGGUCCCUUAUUGAAUCACAUUUCCAGUAUAGCAAUGGUAGUUUAUUGCUGAGGUUUCGGUAUUCUCUCCCCGCACUUUUCUUUUUGUGGGUUUGCUGUUUAUUUUCUACUUAGGUAUAGCCCAGAAUUUCAGGUAUAUGUCAGGUAUGGGACUUGUAGGUCCCCAGAGGGCCGUGCAAGGGUUAGCGAUGGUCUUAUAAGAUGGGUAUACAUUUGGGCUCGCAGGCCCCUGUCCGUUAUGGACUCCCAGUACUCCUAUCUCUCGCCUUGUGACACUCUCUGUUAUGUUUGCUAAACCUGUCUCAGAUUUCAGGAUUCCUACAUUGUGAUUCUCCUAAACUACCGCAUUGAGAGAGUCCUCCCAGCAGAUCUCUCUGGUUGGUCCCUGUUGCCCAGUUAGAGCCGUGGUCUGACUGUAGGGGUAUAGUAGAAAGGGGAAAACAGGGUUGGAUACUGGGGAGUCAUUAGUGUCCUGUGUCUUUGUUGUGAUCAAAUUCGUAGUCUGUCCAUGUUAAUCAGUACUGCAGCUUUUCAGCAAAGUCUGGUUUCAUCAUUGUCAGCAGCAAUUGUGUCCUUGUGUUUAAAUAUGAUUGGUGUGUGCCCGCUGUGCUGGUGUGAAGGUCCUCCUUUGAUCUUAGCUCUUCCAUUUGGGAGAACCAUGACCUCAGUGGGGGAGUUACCGGUUGUUUCCAUUGUCGUGGGAUUACUAAUUUGGCUAUAUUCAGGAUGCAGAUUGUGAUAGAUUUCUUAUAGAAGGUUCUAGGAGUCUUGGUGUGAUGUAUAAGCAUUUCUGCGGGUUUUAAGGGGGGUGGGCUUUCCGUGAAUAACUCUAGCAUUGUGUAUAUAUCCCCUUCCAGAAUGGAAGGAUCUUCUUGCAUUCCCACCAGAUGUGGAGAAGUGUGCCUCUCUCCUCCUCACAUCUGCAGCAUAAUGGGGAGUGAUCCAGGGUGAUCUUGUGUAGUGUUGAGGGAGUACGCUAUCAGAAGGAUAACAGUUUGUAUGCUGUCUCCUGUGUUUUUUGCUAGAGCAUAUUUUUUUUCCCACUCUGCUUUGUCAAAUGUGCAGUCAAGGACUGUCUCCCAUUUCCCUAUGAAGCUUGGCUAUUCAGUAGGUGUAUGUGUCAGUAGUAAAGCUUAUACGAAAUAGACCCCAUGAGCCAAUGGGUCAGGGUCCAGACAAGUACUUUCGAAUAUGGUCGGGCCUGGGAUAGUACAGUCCCUUGUGGGAGUGUUUCAAUAAAGCUCAGUAAUUGUUUGUGUUUCAGUUGCAUAAGAAAGGUUAUAUUCGCAUCGCCCCUCAUGUCAGCUAGUUUCUUAAUACCUUCUGUUGAAUAUACAUGUCUGGGUAAGGGGUCGCCUAUAAGGGUUUUGAAGGCGUUUGGGUCCAGUCCCAGCGGAAAGUCCGGGUUGUGUCAAUGGAAGUAGGGGAGAUGGGUAUGUCGAAAUAGCUUGUUUUCCCAUACAAUGCCAUACUCGUAAGGUGGCUCUUGUGUACGAGGAGCAGUCUCUCUCUCCCCUGGUGGCCCCGGGUGGUAACCAUAGCAGCAAAGCAAUGGGGACGCCCGCCUCGCUCUCCUACGCCUGUUUCCAUGGUUUGUGUACCUUUUGUUUGGACCAUUCUAUUAAUCGCAGGACAUGGCAGGCCUUGUAGUAAAGGGAGAAGUCGGGCAUCGCCAGGCCACCCUUAUCUUUUGGUUGGAUUAGCAGGGUGUGUCUUAUUCUGGGUCUUUUCCCAUUCCAGAUGUAGUGUCCAAGGGUCAUGCGUAGUGAGGUGAAAAAGGAGUGAGUGAUCGCUACAGGGAUAGUUUGGAAGAGGUAUAGUAGGCGUGGGAGGAAAUUCUCCUUGACUACCUGAAUCCUGCUCAGCCAAGAGAUGUGUGGGUAUGCCCACUCCUGCAUUUCCGUGCAAAACGUUGCGUGCAUCGGGGCAAAGUUUUCCUUAAUGGGACACUAUAAUCACCUGAACAACUUUAGCUUAUUGAAGCAGUUUUGGUGUAUAGAACAUGCCCCUGCAGCCUCACUGCUCAAUCCUCUGCCAUUUAGGAGUUAAAUCCCUUUGUUUAUGAACCAUAGUCACACCUCCCUGCAUGUGACUUGCACAGCUUCCAUAAAAACUUCCUGUAAAGAGAGCGCUAUUUAGGCUUUCUUUAGUGCAAGUUCUGUUUAAUUAAGAUUUUCUUAUCCCCUGCUAUGUUAAUAGCUUGCUGGUUCCUGCAAGAGCCUCCUGUAUGUGAUUAAAGUUAAAUUUAGAGAUUGAGAUAUAAUUAUUUAAGGUAAAUUACAUCUGUUUGAAAGUGAAACCCGUUUUUUGUUCAUGCAGGCUCUGUCAAUCAUAGCCAGGUAGGUGUGGCUAGGGCUACAUAAACAGAAACAAGUGAUUUAACUCCUAAAUGACAGUGAAUUGAGCAGUGAAAUUGCAGGGGAAUGAUCUAUACACUAAAACUUCUUUAUUUAGCUAAAGUAAUUUAGGUGACCAUAGUGUUCCUCUAAAUAAGUCUCCCUCCUUUCGUGUUUGCCAUGUGCCGAGGUAUCUGAUUUUUUUGGGUUGCCCAUUGGAAGUUGUAGUGUUGGCGAAUUGGAAUCGCCCUAUGUUCUGGGACACUAACAUUUAGGAUGAACGAUUUGGAGACGUUUAUUUUUAAGUUGGACAAUGUUCCGAAGUCGCGAAAGGCUUUUAGAAUGUUAGAGAGUGACACUUCUGGGUUUGUUAUGUAGUAGAGUAAAUCAUCCAUGUACGCGGCUAUCUUGUGAUGUGUGUUCCCUGCUGUCACCCCUGUGAUGUCUUGGUUGUGUCUGAUGGCCACCAGAAGGGGCUUGAGGGCAAGGACGAAAAGCAGCGGAGACAGGGGGCAUCCCUGGAAGGUGCCAUUCUGGAUUGCAAACUCGGCAGUCAGCACCCCAUUAAUUGUGUGUAUAAGGCCUUGAUCCAUCCCAGCAUCUUGGGGCCCAAACCGAUGUGUGCUCGAGUGCGGAAUAAGUGUUUCCAACAGACCCUGUCGAAGGCCUUCUCCGCGUCCGUGGAUAACAGGAGCAGACUUUUGUGGCUGCUCUCUCUUCCGUGCAUCAGUGAAAGGGUACGCAUGGUGUUAUCCCGUGCCUCCCUCCCCAUCACGAACCCCACCUGGUCCGGUUGCACCAGUGUGGGUAUGUGACUUUGUAGUCUGGUGGCAAGGAUUUUGGCCAUUAAUUUGAUAUCGCAAUUUAUUAGAGAUAUGGUUCAAUAGCUCCCACAGUGCUCUCCGUCCUUGCCCUCUUUAGGGAGACUGGUGAUAUGUGCCACCAGGGAUUGCUUCGGAAAGUUGUGGUCCUCCAUAAUGGCGUUAUUUGUGGCCAAGAGGGGUUUGUAGAGUAUGUCUGCAAAGUUUUUGUAAUAGCACAGCGGCAGGCUGCCUGGGCCCGGGUUCUUGCUAAGUUUCAUUUGCUUUACUGCCAUGGCCAGUUCCUCAGGGGUGAUAGGGUCGUCCAACAGGUCUGCUGUUUCCCUAUCAAGGGAGGGCAGUGUGUGUACAGCGAGGUAGUUAUUGAUGGAGUCCAGCAGACGUUUGUCUGCCGCCUGUGUCUGUGGUCGCAGUAGGUCUGCGUAAUAGGACCGUUUCACCUCCUGAAUCCUUGUGGGCAGUCGAUGUAGGGUAUCCUUGUUAUUUCUUAUGCAGUCAAUAUACGUAAUCUGCCUACGUUCAACCAGCAUCUGUGCCAACUGUCUGCCGCUCUUAUUCCCAUGUAAUGAGAAGAACGCCUUGUGCCUCAAUGCUUCUCUGUGGUAUUUGGUCUGGAGCAGUAGGGUCAGUUCCCUCCGUAGUGUUAGGAGCCUGUCUUGGUGCGUGGAUAGGUUUGUCUUUAUUUAGGGAGUCUAUCUCUUGGAUUUCUGCCAAUUGGGUGGUCAUGUCUGCCUCCCUCUGUUUUUUCAUUAUAACACUCUUUUGUAGGAAGUGCCCCCUCACUACACUUUUGUUGGCUACCCAGAGUAUUGUUGGGGUUGUUUGUGUUGGUGUAUUGAUUGUGAAAUAUUCCUUGAGGACCAUCCCUAUUUCCGAUUUAACAUCAGGUAGGGAGAGUUCAUGAUCAUUGAGUCACCAUUUGGCCACCUUAGGCCUGUAUAGAGGGGAUGAAAGUGUGAUUGUCACCGGGGCGUGGUCAGACCACGUCCCCGUGCCGUGCUCGGCUUGUAGGAUGACUGGGAGAUGAUAAUGUGACAUGAAGAAAUAAUCUAUUCAAGUGUACGUGUUAUGUGGGUGAGAGAAGAAUGUAUAGUCCCGUUCAUUGGGGUGGUGGGCUCUCCAGCAAUCCACAAACUUGUUCUUAGAUAAUAGUGAUUUAAUCAUUGAUAUAUGUUGGGUCGGGAUGUGGGAGGUGCCUGAGGAUGAGUCCCAUCUCGGUUUUAGCAUAAGAUUAAAGUCUCCCCCCUAGGACCAGAACUCCCUCCCGAAUUUCCUCAGCUUAUUUAGGGUUUGGCCAGAUGUCUGAGUGGACAGGGCCCGCCCCCCGGCUCGCUUCUUGGCAGGUCAUCACGUAGCACUAAGGGGGGUACGGUAGCCCGGACCAGUCGGCUUGUCCCGUAUAUAUAUGCUUAUGUCCAUUGGGCCGUAAGGCCAUUGUAGCGGAUACUUGUGUUUUGGUGCUAGUGAGAGAGUUCAUAGGCCAAAGGGUGGUGAAAGGUGUCCCUGUUACACAGGAGUUCCAGAUGGUCGGGUCGGCUACUGGCGUGAGUUCCUCAGUUGCGGGGGCCUUGCAGUCUGUCCUUGAGUGGGUAUGUAGAGUGCCAAGGGGUCCGGCCAAUGCAGGGGUGCGGGGAUUAUUUGUAAUUCCACUGCUAGGGUGUCCAAGUCUUCCCUCUCCUUGACCAUGAAGGGGCCCUUCGGUGUGUGUACCUGUAAGCCUGUGAGGAAGCACCAGCGGUAUCUGAUCUUGUUUGCUGCAGUUGUCUGGUGAAGGGGAGCAAGGCCCCACGGUAUGCCAGCGUGGCAGGAGACAGGUCGGGAUAAAGUUGUAUCUCAGUCCCCUACAUUAACACUCUGUCUGUGUCUCUUGCCUUUCUCAGUAUAUCCUCUUUCAGCUGGAAGUUCGCCAUACAGCAUAUUAUAUAGCGCAGAGGGCUCCCGGAAGGACCUUUAGUUCUGUGGGCUCUCACAAAGUCCAUUGGGGUCUGUGAGGAGCAGCCCAGGAGCUUGUUGAAGAGUUCGUUCAAUGUAAUUUAUAUGGGUGUUAGAUUAUCAAUCUCCCCCAGCACCCCUCGAAUCCUGAUGUUCUGCCUACUUCACAGAUUAUCGAGGUAUUCCACGUGGUAGGCCAUCUGCCUCAAUUGGGUUGUGCUGAGUCUUAGGGCAUCCGUCUUAGGGGCCUAGGUGCUGGUAUGGGUGAAGUGGGGCAUAGCAGCUGGGAUGGGUAAAGGGGCAUGGGAGCUUGAAUGGUUGAAGGGGGGCUGGUAUGGGACAUAGGGUCUUGGAUGGGUAAUGAGGAGCAAAUUGUCUGGAAUGGGUGAAGGGGGACAUAGGACGGCCUCAUGUGGGUAAAGGGGGGCAUAGGGCCUCCUGUGGGUAAAGAGGGGCAUAGGGCCUCAGAUAGGUGGAGGCUUGGAUGGGUAAAGGGGGGCUGGUAGACACUUUGCCCCACUUCACCCAACACCGUGCCUAUUCCUUCCUGCACCCACUAGAGCCCCAUCCAUCACAUUACAUGGGUAAAGGGGGGCCUAGGGACGUGUAUGGGUGAAGGGGCAUGGGAGCUUGAAUGGUUGAAGGGGGCUGGUAUGGGACAUAGGGUCUGGGAUGGGUAAUGAGGAGCAAAUUGUCUGGAAUGGGUGAAGGGGGACAUAGGACGGCCUCAUGUGGGUAAAGGGGGGCAUAGGGCCUCCUGUGGGUAAAGGGGGGCAUAGGGCCUUGAAUAGGUGGAGGCUUGGAUGCGUAAAGGGGGGCUGGUAGACACUUUGCCCCUCUUCACCCAACACCGUGCCUAUUCCUUCCUGCACCCACUAGAGCCCCAUCCAUCACAUUACCUCCCUGUACCCACCACAGCCUAUGACUUUUUGCAUACACCUCAGCCUCUAUCUCUCCCACCUCAUCCACUAAAGCACCUAUGCCCCCUGCAGAUACCACAACCCCAUCUCUCUCAUCUCUAUCCCCAUGCACACACUAAUGUCCCUAUACCCCCCUACACCUAAUACAGUACCUAGGGAUCGACCGAUAUUGAUUUUUUAGAGCCGAUACCGAUACCGAUAUUCUGUGAACUUUCAGGCCGAUAGCCGAUAUAAUUUGCCGAUAUUCUGUACAUUUACCAUUUUGGAAAAUAAAAACUAUUUCUAAAGGUAAAUGCACAAAAUAUACAUGCCACAUGUAGUGGAUGCAGUGUGUUUAGACAGGGGAGCUGUGUGUGUUUGUGUAGUGGAUGCAGCGUGUGUUUGUGUAGUGUGUGUAGUGGAUGCAUUGUGUGUUUGUGUAGUGUGUGUUGAGGAUGCAAUGUGUGUUUGUGUAGUGGAUGCAGUGUGUAUUUGUCAAGUGUGUGUAGUGGAUGCAGUGUGUAUUAGUGUAGUGUGUAUAUAAUGAAAGCAAAGUGUUUGUGUAGUGUGUGGGUAGUGUGCAUAAAGUGAAUGCUGUAUAUACUAAAUGCAAAGUGUUUGUGUGUAUUUGUGUAGUGUGUGUGUAUAGUGAAUGUAGUGUGUGUAUAUAAUGCAGUGUGUUUGUGUAGUGUGCAUUAUAGAAACACACUACACAAACUAUGCAAACACACUGCAUUAUAUACACACACUACACACACUGCAUUAUAUAAACACUACAUUAUAUACACACACUACACAAACACACACUGCAUUAUAUAAACACACUACACAAACACACUGCAUUAUAUACACACACUACACACAUUGCAUUAUAUAAACACACUACACAAACACACACUACACAAACACACUGCAUUAUAUACAGUGUGUUUGUGUAGUGUGUGUAUAUAAUGCAGUGUGUGUGUAUAUAAUGCAGUGUUUGUGUGUAGUGUGUGUAUAUAAUGCAGUGUGUGUGUAGUGUGUGUAUAUAAUACAGUGUGUGUGUAGUGUGUGUAUAUAAUGCAGUGUGUGUGUAGUGUGUGUAUAUAAUGCAGUGCGUUUGUAUAGUGUGUGUAUAUAAUGCAGUGUGUGUAUUUGUGUGCAUUGUAUACACACACACACUAAACACACACACACUGCAUUAUAUACACAGUGUGUUUGUGUAGUGUAUGUGUAUAUAAUGGAGUGUGUGUGAGGGGGCAUUUUUUUAUUAAAUUAAUAUUAUUUUUUUAGAUUUAAUUAUUAUUUUUUGUUUGUUGUCCCCCCUCCCUGCUUGUUGCCUGGCCAGGGAGGGGGGAUAUAGCAGUCCCUGGUGGUCCAGUGGUAUUGGCUCACCUCCCAGCAGCUCCUCCAGCUCCGCAGUGCAACUCUCGCGGCCAGCGUGUCGCGCUGCCAUGGUGACCCAUGGCAACGCUCUGACGGCGGCGGGUCUCGCGAGAGUUGCACUGGGGAGCUGGAGGAGCUGCUGGGAGGUGAGUAAGCGCUUGCUCUCCGCCCCCCCAGGACCGCCGGGCUUGUAAUGAGCCUGGCGGUCCUAGGAGGUAUUAUCGGCAAUAUCGGUAUCUGAAUUGGCCGAUACCGAUAUUGCCGAAAAUACCGAAUAUCGGCCGAUUAUAUCGGUAAAACCGAUAAUCGGUCGAUCCCUAACAGUACCUAUGCUCUCCUGCGCCAACUACAGCCCAUAUCCCCCACACGCGCUGCAGCCACUAUGCAUCUAUUACUCUCACAUAAUAUCUAUGUGAGAGCCACACAAAGAGCUUGCAGCAGGAGGGGACCCUUGAUCUCUUAUUGACCGAGGACCCUGUAACUUGACAAUCUGCCCUUGUUUGGAACACAGCUGCAGGUGAAAGACUACAUUGAAUACUGUCACUUUAAGAAAAUAUAAUUGAUUGAAUUUUGGUAUUUUCACUUUAAUCCUCUGCAGCAAUAUUAAUUGAAAAUAAUAAUGCAUAAGCAAAGAUAGAUCCCGCUUGGGAUUGCUUUACAGAGAUAAAUAGACUUGAGUAGUGAAAAAUAAUGUAGAUCCUGAUUUGGAUUAAAUACCCGUGUCCAUUAGACUUCAAUAGCAAGAAUAAAAUAAAGUGGAUCCUGAUUAGGAUUGAGUAACAAUGUCCAUUAGACUUCAAUAGUAACAUAAAGUAGAUCCUGCUUUUGGAAAAAUAUAUCACAGUCCUUUGGCUUCUGGCAAUAAACAAAUUAAAUUAGGAAAGAGUAAUCCACUGAAUGGUAAUAGUGCAAUUUAGGAGUAACUGAAACCCAGAGAGCAGACAAAUGUAUUCCCUUUUUAUACUUCCAAAUAACUAUAAGAAAUAACUAUAUAAGGUUUGAACCAAUUAUUAAUUCCAGUAACUGGAGAACUUGGCUUUGUUCCAGUGGAUGAUGAGUAUGGAAGUCCUUUCCAGAAUAGUGAGGGUUAUGGUUCCCUGAAAUAUAGUGAGGAUUAGAGGAUAUCGUAGUGGUCUGUUCCGAGUCUGGGAGUGUGGAAGUCAGCGUACUCGGAUCCGGUAAGAGAGGUUCGGUACACAUGUAAUCAACAGAAGGAGCUCCAUCGGCAAUUAACAAGUAGGUAUUAAAGUGGCAAAUUGAUUGAGCAAUCCGAAUGCGGCCACAGCAUCCUUUUGACAGGGAAUCGCGUGGCGUCAGACGCAUGGGCGGAGUUGGGUCGGCAAAACCUGCAAGUCAUACUGGUAAAUGCCGUUCUAUGUCAAAAUAACAUGGGGGAAUCCUGACAAUAGCCAGUAAACCAGGCUGUAUUAGUUAUUAUGGUUGGAGUAAAAAAUAUGGGAUUAAGUUUUUACUUCGACAAUACCUUUAACUUUUCCUCCAUACAAUUUUGUAAAUUUUGAGAGAACUGAAUGAAAAACACAAAAAAGCCCAAACCAUAAUGGUUGUCCCCUUAUGGUUGUGAGUUUUCAGACGUCCAUGGUUAGUAAAAGCAUAUCCCUGGAACACUUCUUCAUUGUGCCUAUUACCCUGGAUAUGAUUCUAAUAUUUUUAUACAACCAAACCUUUUCUUUUUAUUUCUUCUCCUUGAUUCUCUCCAUUCCUUCGUCUAAAUAGGUUAUGGUUGUAGUUAAAUUUCCUGUUUUUCUACUCAAUCUCUUUGGUCAGUUGACAAUGACCAUACACUAAUUAGCUGAACAUUUUGUUGCAAACAGGAUACUACCAUAUCGAUAUAAUUGCUACGAGUCACACAAACACUGGUAGAACAGUAUACAGUGGGACCUCGGUUUACAAACUACUUGAUGAUAACUUAAUACAAAUAUAUUCGGGGCCAGUACAAACCUUUAUCUGGAAAUCUAUUCAUAAACAGGGCUAUACACGAGGUCACACAUUUAGGCUGGAAGAAAGGAGAUUUCAUCUAAAGCAAAGAAAAGGUUUUUUUACAGUAAGAACAAUAAGGAUAUGGAAUUCUCUGCCUGAAGAGGUGGUUUUGUCAGAGUCCAUACAGAUGUUUAAACUGAAAUUGGAUAAAUACUUACAAAAAGAUAACAUACAGGGAUAUAAUUUCUAAUUAGUUGGGUAAUAGCUGCUUGAUCCAAGGAGACAUCUGACUGCUAUUUUGGGGUCAAGAAGGAAUUUUUUCCUAGUUUGUGGCAAAAUUGGAAGCGCUUCAGACCAGGUUUUUUGCCUUCUUUUGGAUCAACAGCAACAACAUUUGUGAGGAAGGCUGAACUUGAUGGACGCAAGUCUCUUUUCAGCUAUGUAACUAUGUACUUGGUUAAAUAAAUUUUUGGUUUACAAAUGAAAAUCCAAUGAAAAUAAUGCCUCGGUUUACAAAUUUUUUUCGCAAUACAAAGCAAGUUUCCCCAGAAUGCAUUGCACCUGGGAGGUUUAUAGCGCCGCCCCCUGCAUGCUGGAGCCUGUGGGUAGCACGUGGCGUCGAGUGUGGAGGUGUUGGAGCGGCUUUUGCAUCGAGUUUUCCAUUUUGGAAAUUGUUUGCAGUUGUUUUGGGAAUUUUUGGUGCAUUUCUCAAGCUGUGGAAAGGUAGGGAGCUGAGCUCUGUCGUUUGCAUGCCUUUUAUUGUGAUUUCUGCAUUGUGGGUUGGUUUCCACGCCAGCUCAUUUUUUCUGACUUUUUUCUGACCUCCAGAACGGAUUAAUUGGUUUUCAGUGCAUUCCUAUAGGAAACCGCGUUUCGGUUUACAAAUUUUUUGCAAUAAGAAACGUCCCGGAGAACUCAUUAAAUUCGUAAACUGAGGUCCCACUGUAAUUAAUUUUUUAUAUUUUAACUUUGUAUGGCAACACCGUGCAAAACAAAUAACAAAGUUGGGAUAAGUUCACAAAGUUCCAAUGUACAAUAUGACUCCCAUUACUAUUAAAGGAUCACUAUAGUCAACAUAUAAAAUCUUUCUUGCUUUUAUAUUCGUUUGCCAUUAAAAAUAAAUUUGAGCAGGGGCGAGCUAAUAUCCCGGAAAAAAGACACUGGAGGGGAUACUGACCUAUUCCGCUCACGGCAUCUUGAAGCUCCAGUUGAAUUCGAGACACCCAGCGGAUUGCGGCCUAGCUGGAUGGGGUGGACGGCCGCCGCCCUGUCUUACUGCCACGGGCCGAUCCCUUGCAUGCAAGAGAAAGCUGCUGCAGCACCUGAUCCCGGUCCCCCCUGGCUGCCCCACUUGCCCUCGACACCCAUGAGCGGCGACUGCUGAGAGGGCCUAGACAGCCAUGCGUCCCACCAAAAUGGCAAAAGGACACCCUGAGCCAAGGCUAAACGAGCCACCAAACGACCAGGCGACACAUACAAGCCUGGAACAGCAGCUGAAUGAACUCUUAUGGGCGCAGCUGGAGGCUCGAGCCGAAGCUACUCAAGCACGGUGCAGGGGGAGACCAUGAGGGGGAAAGGAGCAAGUAGCACAGGUACACCCUCUGGGCACUCGCACCCAACAAGCCACGAACACAGGCAGACAGAGCCCUCUUGGGACGAGGGUCAAAACGGGAAAAUACCCAGCGCAGCGGCCACCAUGGCAGAAAACCCCCUGCCGCAAGCGGCGAAAAUACAUCCGGGGUCUCUGCCGCAUCCCACACGGGGAAGACUUGGACUCUGACAAGUGCCCACGAGUCUGUGGCCACUCAGUGCGGGCCCCUCACAAGGGGAAGACUUGGACUCUGACAAGUGCCCACAAGUCUGUGGCCACUCAAUGCGGGCCCCUCACAAGGCUUGGGGAUGGAGGAUUGCUACGUGGUGAACUGGCCCGGUAGCCACGCUGGACUACGCCUAUCGAUUCCCAAGUAUCGGGGUGGGGUGAGCAUACCGACCCAAGCCCAGGACUGAUGAACUGUUGCCAGCCACUACCGUUAACCGCUGCCAUGACCCUGCAUAUCUAAUGUCCUUCCACCAUGACCGCAACCUACCAAAUCCUACCCAGCUCGCUGAAUGGUGGAGCGCAACACUGCUUCACAUGCCUACCACACAGCCUGAAUCUAUUGACUUGCUGACUAAUACAGGGUGACUGCUGCAAAACCCUCAGUUAACAAUUCUCAAUCAGGGGGCAACAGUGCUACGUACUACUGGUAUUGAUACACGACAAACUCAUUGUUUACUCAGUUGGUCUACCCAUCGACGUAUCAGCUUGGCAUUUUUUCACUUGAGAUCACAUGCCUGAAUAACUUAACGCUAUGACAUACGAAAGUUAUUGUACGUUCAGACUUAAGCACCCAGCUUAACUUAGAGGGAUGCCUAUGUGUCUCAACUAAACAGCUAAACAUUUCUGCUAAAUAGUUUGACAACACUUGCCUGAUUACGUAACAAACGUUUUAUGCAUGUAUUACCUGUGUUAUUGCUAGACUAGAUUAACCUAGGUGAAGCUACUUGAAUAGGGUACUCUAGCUCGUUAGGCAAUGUUUAACAGCCACUAAUCACCAGUAUAUAAUCACUGUAUGUUAACUGUCUCAAGCUUGGUGAUCAUAACUUGAACCGCCACAAUAGACAUACAAAGUUAGCCUGUAUUAAGCUUGUUUACACAUUUAAAAAUUGUGCCUUUCUCCAAAUGCCAUGCAAAUGUCAACUUAUACUUGUUUUCAAAUCGCCUGUAACUGCUGUCGUGGCAUUGCAAGCAUACCUUUGUUAUAUCGUGCACAAUAAAAUAAAGAAUUAUAAAAUAUAUGUUUGAGCUAUUUUUAUCAUAUAAACUUGCCUUCGUUCCAGUGCCGAGCUCCUCGGCAGGCCACACCCCCUUUCCCAAAAUGACGAAAUAGCAGGGCUCAGUCAGACGCUUCUCUUUGAAUGCAGCUGUAUGAAUAAACUAUGUAUUCGCGAGCUUUGCUGCCUGACCGCUCAGCUCGUUGUCUAUGCCCGCCCCCCUUCAACGGCAACCUUCCUAAGCCAAACUUUUGUAUGCAAACACUAUAUAUAGAGAUUUCUCUAUACAUAGUGUUUGCAUACAAACACACACAUUUUUAAUAACACACGCACACUAUUUCUAUCUAUCGAUUUCUAUCUAUUUCUUUCACUCACUCUAUUAAUCUCUCACUCUCUCAAUCUCUCUCUCUCAAUCUUUCUCAAUCUCACUCUCUCAAUCUCUCUCUCAUUCACUCUCUAACUUAUGCUCGCUCACACGUGCUCUCUCUCUCGCGCUCUCUCACACACUCAAUUUUUAAAAUAAGUUUACUUACUGUUUGAAGUCAGUAGAUCCUCCUGCUCGGUCUCCUGCCUUAAGCCUGUCAGCCCGAGCCCACGCUGUGUGCAGGAGAUCGUUAUCUGUCACUGUCGGCUCUGAUUGCUGACAGGCACAGGAGGCGCGUUCACAGUGCCUCCUGUCUCCAGAUAUCACGUUUGAUGAAUUCACGCGUGAAUUCAAGCGUGAAGACGUCAAACGUGAUGAAUGUGAGUUAGGCAGCCCUGAACUCUGUAGUCCCUCUGGUGGCUGUCUGAGUGACUUCCACUGGAGGUGUUCCUAGCUUCCAAGGUAAACACUGUAUUUUCUCAUAAAAUACAGUGUUUACAUAUGAGAGGCUGCAGGGAGCUAUUCUCACCUGAACAACCUCAUUGAACUGAAGUUGUUCAGGUGACUAUAGUGUCCCUCUAAGGUAUUCCAUUCCAGUUCCUAGAUUUUAUGUUGUAUGUAAACACUGUUGACAAAUGUCACUGUGGCAAUAUUUUUUCAAACCAAAUGUGAUUGUAUUGUUUUGUGCUUGUAUUGCUUGUUGUUGAUUUAAAUACAAAAUAAAGCACUUUUAUAUUUAUAUAGUUUAAUAUAUAUAUAUAUAUAUAUAUAUCUCCCUAAAGAUCUUAAUUCAAGUUAUAAGGCAUUUAAAUAUUUGUAUUUUAAAUAUUUUUCUACUAUUGUAUCUCUUGUUUUAUUGCAGAUUGAUUGUAGAAACAUGUAUCGGUCAAGGAGUUUGCCUGGAAAGGUCAGUAAGUGUGUGGAUUUUAGUUAUUUAUUUUAGUGGUUAUUUUUCAACGAGUCAUAGAAACAAAGUAAAUAUAUUCACUUAGUAGUCCUGAUCUUUUUUUUGUUUUGGUUUUUUAAAGCCCUAUAUCUCUUUGAUUUUCAUAUUCUUUUGGUAAUAUUUUGGAGUGCUAGGACAAAUAUACAAGGAGUGAAGUUUUGCAUCUAAAUUGUUAAAGUUCACAAAAUUUAGAUUCUUCCUAAUUAGUUCAAAUGAUUUCAUUCUUGUAAUAAAGUUAAGAAGCAAUUAGUAUAGGAAAUGCAAGCUGUGUUGUAAAGAAGUGGAUAACAUGGUUAAUUCUUCAUUAUUGCGUUAUGGUUGUGUCCUAUUGCUUAGAUGUUUGUCAGAUUGGCAUCAUGGAACUACAGCAUGUCUUAUUGCAUUCUUAAAGGAUCACUAUAGUGUCAGGAAAACAAACUCUUUUUCCUGACACUAUAGCAUCCUUAGUACCCCCCACCCUUAGGGUCUCCCUCCCUUGGCACUGAAGGGGUUAAAACAUGUUGUUUUAAAACCCCUUCAGCCACUUACCUUUAUCCAGCGCCGGGCUGGUGACCUCUCCUCCCCCGCCAACGUCAGCUCCUGAGUGAAGCGGAAUGUGCAUGCGCAACAAGAGCUACACGCGCAUUCAAACAGUCCAUAGGAACAAAAGUUGUUCCAGAUAUAGCUGGAUCCCUCCAAAUUGAGAUGGGUUGACUUGUGGAGGCUCUGAUAGCCUGUAACAGUAGGCUCCUGUGGGUGAAAAAGUGGAAUCUAACAAUGGUGUUCUUUGGGGCUCCUUGUGGUGCCCUGAGCCCUCUUGGUAGGUGAUAGAGCCGGUCUAUAACAGAUAUAACUAUGUUGAGGUUUGGUAAUAAGUACGCUACAUAUUCUUUAAAAAAAUGAAUCCAGCUCCGACAUACACUGUCAGGUGUGCCUCUGAUUCUUACAUUGUUACGUCUCAACUUAUCUUCCAGGUCUGAUAUUUUCUGUUCCAAUGUAGAUACUGUUGCUUUUAAAUUUUAAUGGAUAUCUUAUAGUGCCUUAUGUCCACAGACUCAUCCAUUUUUCACUCCAAUUUCAAUCGCCAAUUGAUUAAGCCAUUUCUGAUGUUACAACGGUGAUGUUUUUCUGUAUGUCCUUCCCUUAACUCUUGCAACAUGCUUUUAAUUUUUCCUGUGAAGGCCUCCGACUCUAGCUUGGCUUCCAAAUUCUUGUAUGUGAAGCAGGACUUGACUGCUCAUUUAGUCAGGAGUUAGAAACUUGGUUAAAUGAGCGUUGCCCAAAAGGACAGGGGAUAGUAUCAAGUUCUGCCCCACCAUUUUUGAAAACCUUUUGAGAUACCAUUGAAUUACUGUUUCCAAUCUGUUUAAUAGGUAGUGUCAAAUCAAAUUUGGCUUAUUAUGCCAUUUUUUGUGUGUGUUUAUUUUGAUAUGUUUUAUAUUAAUCAUUGCCUGCUAGACUAAUAUGAAAAACCAUGUGCAUAGUUUUGAGCACCAUUGUCAUACACCCGGCAUUAUUACUUGAGUUCUUUUAUGUAUCAUGGUAAAAUAUCUGUCUGAAAUGUUGUUUGUGAAUAUACAACUCUCCCAUUAACAGUGCAGUUUACUAAUGCAUUAUAUGUUUUACUUCUUCUAGACUCCCCGUCGAAGAUAUGUAUGUGAUGUAAGUAAUUGUUAAUUUAUGUUUUAUUGAUUGUUUAAGAAAAUUAUUUGCUGCAGCUCUGUCACCCACGGAAGGUAUCUAUAUAUUGGAUCAGCAUUAUUUUAUUCUACUUUACUUAUUUUAUACAUUUGGUUUAUUUAAGUUUUUGAUAUUUAUGAUGUUAUACGCUUUUUUGUUAUUUUGUCAUUGUAAAGUACCACAUUGGCAUAAUGUUUGGGUAAGUUAUAUUACACAACUAUCUUAUGAAUUUUUUUUUUUUUUUUGAAUGAAUAAAGCUGUUUGACUAUUUAUUGGAGUACUGCAGAAUCAAAGGGACACUAUAGACAUCCAUACUGCUUCAUCUCGUUUAAGUUGUAUGGGUGCAGUGUCCCUGUCUCAUUGAGAAACUGCAAUGUUUACAUUACAGGACUAAGACUGCCUCCUUUGGUUGUCUUUGAGACCCUUAGAUGAUGCUGGGCAUCCUCAUGCUCUGUAUAAAGACAUCCAGCGUCCGUGAAAACUCCACAGCGAGGCAGUGCUUUCCUGUGGAGAUGGCCCAAUGCUCUUGAGGAGCAUUAGGUCCCCCAGUUGUUUGACGCAAAGGAGGCUGAACUCUGACUCCGCGCCAAGUGGCAUCGGUGCUGGAAUCGGGUAUGUGACUAAAGUUUGAUUUAUUUAUUUGCCCUUUACAUGCCAUAGUGAGGGGCCCCAUGGGAAAGGGGUGUAAAGCGCAGAGGGCACUAUUGUGUUAGCAAUACAGAUUUUCUAUUCUUAACACCAUAACAUCCUUGCCCCCCCCCCAUCCCCCAGCUCCCUAAAUAUAGAAACAUCUUACAGUGGAUGUCCACGCUGCGAUGCUCCAGAAAGCACCUCUAGGGGCCACCUGAGGAGUGGCCAGUGGAAAUAUCCUUAGGCUGUAAUGUAAACACAUCCUUUUUUUUCUGAAACAACUGUUGUAACGGAGCUCCUUGUACUCCGACUGAGUACCCUCCGUUGACGGAUGCUCCUAGCGCUUCCUGAGGACUCCAAGCGCUGCAGCAGACACCACAACCACCACAGACUCCGCAACCGCCGUAUCUUGACUGGAGUCUCGCCGUCUUCCUUCCACCCUGGAUCAGCUUCUGUCCUCCAGGACUGUGUGGGAAAGAACUCUUCCUUCCACCCUGUAUGAACCUCCAGCAUCCAGGACUGUGUGGUGAAGACCCCUCCUCCAAGGAGAGCGUGUUAAAAGAGCUAAGUGACUCAAGCUCAGGGGAGCAUGCAGAGCAUAGCAAUCCCCAGUGUGAUUAUAACAGCUCCCUCCAAUAACAAGACAAGGCUACAUUUAGAGGGAUCAAGAAGAACUGUCAAAACCUUUAUUUCCCUUGGGACCAGCCAAUAGGGUCACCACAAUAACAUUGUUGUGAAACCUCAAUAAAAUCACAAACAGUCAAACCAAAUCAAGCAACACACAGUGACUUAUCACAACACAAUGGCACAUUUUUAAAGGGGUGGGGGGAGACAAUAUUUAACAGUAAAUAUCUCACCUGCCUGCAGAAUUAGCAAUAUGCAAAUCUACCUGAAUAUGCAAAUGAACCAGUCUUGCAAUUCAGGUAGUGCAUAUUGCUGUUGCUACCAACAGAGGGCACUAGACAAGCUCCAUAGCCAAACCCACCUAGUUGGUAGCAAACCUCAGCAAUACAAGAGAGCAGGCAAUACAUUACACAGUACACACACACACACUAUAAACAAUUACAUUACACACACCCUGCACCUAUAAUGGGUACAGGGUGACUAAAACAUAAGAUAAAUAAAGCAGCCUACAUAAAUAGUCUGUCUGAAGGUAGACUAGGGGCUUUAAAGCCAGAUACAUGAAAGAGUCAUAGUCACAGGGGAGGAGGCUGGCAAGUAGGCCUCUCCAGGACCAAGUGGCGAAGGGCACUUCGUCACAACAGUGUUUACUGCAAAAAGCCUGUAGGGACUGAUCAUACUUCCCCUUUAACAUUAUGUUUAUCUUAUUUAAGAAGGAGUGAUUGAUUACUGAUCUGAACCCAUACAUUGUAACAUUGACUAGUCUGGUUACCUUUUGUGUGGUACCUAAUGCUAAUAAAAUUAGGCUUUUUUUUUUUUUUUUACUAAAAGCGUGAAGAAUGAACACAGUAGUUUAAGAAAUGUGAAAUCACUAGUCCGACAAUGGUAAAAAAAUAUAUAAUUGGACAACUUUGCAUGUGCUUUAUAAACUCUCUUUUCCAUAUGAUCUGGCCUAUAUUGGGAAGCAAGAUCUGUCCUCAAAAAGGAAUUAAAUAGAGAGAUAAUUGUAUUUUGUUUUGCAUUAUCUAUGUAAAUAGGCACUUAAAAAAUAAAUUAAUUAAAAAUAUUGUAGUUUAUUUCCACAUAUUUAAUUAGUACUAUAAAAAUCCUAGUGUUCUGUUCCACAGGUAUAUUUCUACUACUAUGUGUCUCCCAAUACAUAUUAACCAAGUUUGUAACGAUUUUAAGGCUAAUUUAUAGAUUUACCUGCUCCCCCCCCCCCUCCUCCUCCAUACACACUUUUUUAUUAUCUUUACAAACUGAAGGCCAAUUUCUUCUUAGAAGUAUGAAUAGCAGUCCCCAAAUUCAGCUAACUCCCUUUUUAUAGCUUUUUAUUUGCAAAAGCAACUUCCCAGUUUUUUUCACUUGAGGCCAUUCAAUCACCAGAUUCUGCCAAGGUUUGUGGUAACAAUUUUAUGCAGUUUGUAAAUGCUUCUUACAUUUUCAAUGUAGAUGUUAGAAAUGGUGACAAUUUACAGUACUUUAACCCCCACAUUACUAUUUGGCUACAUCGCUUAUAGUACACCAGUACUCAUGUAAAGCUUAACUUUUCUGAUGUUAUAUAGAGUAAAUUUUAGACCUAUACUAAUUUUGGUGUGAUUCCAAGUUUCAAACUUUUAUUACCUUAAAUUUCAUUCUUACCUUAAACCUAAUUUUACCCCUUACUGUAAAUGUAAACCUAAUCCUUAAUAUUUACCCUAGGAAAAAGACAAAAACAAGGGGAUCAGGGUGCCACAGUCACUACUGUACUCUUAUAAUUACCAACUUUGAUAAAUCCUCAUGAAAAAUAAAAUAAAACAAAUAUCAUAGUGUAACAUUUAUUUAACAUAGAAUUAAUGCAUAAACCAAUAAAAUAGGCACAUAAAAUUUACAUUAAUGUGCAAAAACGCAUGGUGCCAAAGGCACAAUCCCACCAAAUCUGUCCAAUGCAGCUCAGUCUACAUUUAACGAUGUUCCUGAGCCCAAGCUUGGAAUUCCACUCUACACCCGAACCUCGAGAUGAGUUUAUUCACCUCACUCAGCGCGACGCGUUUCAUCUUGGAAGACUUAUUCAGGAGCUUGCUAUGCCUCUUGUUCUUCAGCGUUUAAAGAAGCUUCCUGAUGGUUGCCACGCAUGCAUGCUGAAACCCCCGGAUGUUACACCAUGCAAUUCCCCAUUCGGUAUUCUCAAAUAAACUAACACUUUCUUUCGCGAGCGUGUCAUUCAUUUUACUUCUAAAAGUGUUGCAUGUAAAAAAUCGAUUCGAAAAAGAAAAUACACCAUUAAUAUAACAUACAAGCUAUUAAUAUAUAACCUCUAUACAAUGAGGAUCAGGAGAUGUGCAAUGUUAAAAAAAAGUAAGGAGUGUUAAAAGCAUUUUUCAAUACCUCCUGUACAGAUCAGAAAAGGAAUGAAUAAAAAAUAUAUACAGAAUCUCACAAAAGUGAGUACACCCCACCUGCAACAACUGCAAACCAUGCUGCAGGACAUACAACGCCUGCUGGCAGCAGACUUACCUGCGCUCAAAACGAGCAUGCAACAGAUCACAGAGAAAGUUGUCAAUACAGAGGGUGAAGUUAGAAUGAUCCAGGGAGAAAUCUCCACGCUGAAGGAGUCCUUCCUCCAGCUGCAACACAGCCACCAACUCCUGACAGUACAAGUGGCAGCACAAGAGGAUAAAAACCAACGCAAUCACAUUAAAAUCAGAGGCAUACCCGCCUCAGUAAACAAAGAGGAUCUACCGCACUAUAUUAGGAGACUCAUGCAAUCACUACUACCACCCACAACGGCAAGGAAGCUCACAUUCGCGGGGAUAUACCGCUUACCAACGCCUGUCAUUGUCCGCUGUGUCCUACCCCAAGACAAGGGACACAUCAUGAAUGCGAUCAAAGGCAAGACUCCACCGGAUUUCAAAGAGUUCCAACUAACCUUCUAUCAGGACUUAACCAAAACCACUCUCCAAUGGAGAAAAUCACUCAAUGAACUCACCAGUCAGCUGUGUACAGCGGGGAUACCAUACCGCUGGGGUAACCCACGCUCCUUACUAGUCACCCACAAAGGGACCACACACAAACUCUCCUCGGGGACUGAAGCACCCGCACUUCUAACGAAGCUGGGCCUACCAAACAAACCCGACCAAAACACCGCCCAAGCCUCGAAACUCAGCAACCGCUGAAAUAUUCAUUCCAAGAAGGCAAAGACUGGACACACAGGGCACCUGACAGGGGAGGAGAAGUCUCCUACCCUUCCUGUUCAAGAGGCGAUACAAAAUGUUGAUGUUAUAAAAUGCCUAUUUACCAUUUACUGCACACGCAUACUUGUUAAUGUUACACAAGUUACGACACUAGUUUAAUGCUUACUAUAAGAGCCUGCUAGAGAAGGCGCUGACACACAAUACCGCAUCCACAGAACAUGUAUCACGGCGCAAGACGGAACACACUCCCCCGACAGCCCGUAGGUUAGGACUACUACCCCUCAUGAGUAGUCGCUAUUGAGCUCAAGCCAACUAUACCUCUACCAAGAGGUAGAGCAUACUGAAGACUUACCCACAGGACUCAACAACCAGCAUUGCAACCUCUACCAAACCCAUACUGACCCAAGCAAGGAACCAGAACCACGACCAGCCCGCUGAUAACACUCACCCUGGGUCAGACCUCUGCAACCGACCCACGACCUAGGUAACAAAACCACAAUCUCAUACCUUAGCUACACAUAUUCUAGACCUUACUCACCACCUAGGAUUAUCUGCUUAUUAUAACUCAAACAAAAAUUUGUGCUAAGCUCUGACACAUGCAUUGUAUAAUCAUUGUUGAAAUCUGUUAAUACCUGCUUUUAUGCAUAUGGUAAACUUAUUGUGGGUUUGCAGCACGCAAAAAUAAAGAAUUAAAAACAAAAAAAAGUGAGUACACCCCUCACAUUUUUGUAAAUAUUUUAUAUAUUUUCAUGUGACAAUACUGAAGAAAUGACACUCUGCUACAAUGUAAAGUAGUAUGUGUACAGCCUGUAUAACAGUGUACAUUUGCCUUCCCCUCAAAAUAACUCCACAAACAGCCAUUAAUGUCUAAACCGUUGGCAACAAAAGUGAGUACACCCCUAAGUGGAAAUGCCCAUAUUUUUCCAUAUUUUGUGUGGCCACCAUUAUUUUCCAGCACGGCUUUAACUCUCAUGGGCAUGGAGUACACCAGAGCUUCACAGGUUGCCACUGGAGUCCUCUUUCAUUCCUCCAUGAUGACAUCACAGAACUGGUGGAUGUUAGAGGAUGCCCCAUAGGAUUUAGGUCUGGAGACAUGAUUGGCCAGUCCAUCACCUUUACCUUCAGCUUCUUUAGCAAGGCAGUGGUCGUCUUGGAGGUGUGCUUGGGGUAGUUAUCAUGUUGGAAUACUGCCCUGGGGCCCAAGGGAGGGGAUCAUCCUCUGCUUCAGUAUGUCAAAGUACACUUACUACUUUACAUUGUAGCAGUGUCAUUUCUUCAGUGUUGUCACAUGAAAAGAUAUAAGAUAUUUACAAAAAUGUAAGGGGUGUAUUCACUUUUGUGAGAUACUUUAUAUACAUACAGGACCAGAUGUAAAGUGUCUAAAAAAAAAAAAAAAACCAACAAAAAAAAGAAACCCAAAUCAAUAUAAUAGAUAUUUAUAAAAAAAAAACAUGUAAACAUCAAUAUAUAUAUAUAUAUAUAUACACACACACACAAAAUAUCCAACUCAAGACCUUAAAUUAUACUUUUAUUAGGAAAUAAAAAAACUUAAAUAUUUUGGGUAAAAAAAAAAAAAAGAGAAACUUGGACAGAUGAAUAUAGUAUAAAAAGCUCAAACAAUGAUAUUAAAAACCAUCUGGAGGGGCGUGGUUUGGCGCCGAGAAAGACUGGCCGCCUAAUCUCGCAGCUCCGCUCCCAGCUGCAUGAAAAGCAUUUUUAAACAGCUCACCCCGGCAACCGCAAUAAACGAGCCCAAAUGACCCUCUCCACGCCGAGAACACAGGGGAACAAUUCGCUCCCCUCGAUCCGCAGCUACCUGAACACACCCGGGGAUUUCCUCUCCCAGAAGGAAGCCUCCAAUAUGGCGUCCUUCUCCCCGAGCUCAGAGCUCUCUGAAGAAAGCCCACGCAUGGAAACACACAUGCCUGCUCCACAGACGCCGGACUGGUAUACCCUCUUCUCAUCACUGCCGAAAAAGGAGGACUUCCAGACCCUGCUGGAGGAUGUCAAAUCCACGCUGAGAAGUGAGAUCUCGGCCCUUGGCACCUCACUUACAGCACUGGAGGUGAGAGUGCAUGCCCUGGAGGCCCAAGGACAUAACCCACACUGCCCUGCAGCAACAGCCACUACAGCACAAGCCAAGCUCAUACAAGACCUGCGCCUCCACGUAGAAGACCCGGACAACCGCAGCCGCAGGCACAAUAUACGGGUAAGGGUCUGCAGGGAAAAUUACACCAUAGUGGACGCAAGGGACAUUCUGACCCCAAUCUUUAACUGCAUUCUAGGCCGGCCACGGGACGCACGCAUCCACAUGGACCGGGCCCACAGUGCGUUAAGGCCCAAACCUCUUCCGGGUGCAAUCCCAAGGGAUAUCCUUUGCUGCAUACCGGACUUCCAAUUAAAGGAAGAAAUCAUGGGGAAAGCCCUCAUGGAACAAUCCUGGAGGUUUAAGGGGCAGGUGAUCGAGAUCUACAAUGACCUCUCCCACCUCACACUACAGGCCCGGAGAGCACUGCGGCCCCUCACUGCAGGAUCUACAAAUAUGAAACAGGUGGCAGUUUCCGUUCGUCCUCUCAGCCUCGACGGGGCAACACUGAAACCACAAUUCGGACACCACAGGAUGUCCAGACCUUCCAAGAAGCCCUUGGCCUUCCCCACAUCCCCAUCCCGGACUGGACAGAAUGCCCGGCAAACGAGCGUUUCACAGGGAGGCCAACCCACUGCACCAUCCAACAGGGACCUGACACCGACACCCCAUACACCUCCCACCGGCAAACUGAACCUGAAGAGUAGAGAAAACAUCGCUCCCCCCCCCCUGCCCCUUGCUGUCCAACACGCACUGCCAACCUGAAACCAGAUAGGCUCCACUAACCGGACAGGUGCGAGGAUGGGGAGAGGCAAGACCCAGAAAUGACAACCAGGAACACUGUGGCAAAUCCCCCCCCCCUUUUUUCUCCUUAUUCCCGCUCCCUUACUUAAAUACAACCCGCUGGACUCCACCCCACUAAUCUGGUUCACGGCACAAGCCCAACGGACCCACACUGCAACGACAAGACGUCCUCCACUGUACUGCUAACCUGGAAAAGAAGCGGAUACAAUGGGACAAGGCACAGCAACACUCCACGGGCCAACUGAACCUGUAGUCAUCCCGCCUAACCACUGGCCCAUGGUACCGCAGAUAUCCAUGCAGGACUCAUUAUUGCAACCGUGAUCCAGUGGACACCGACCGCACUUCACCUCCCUCACGGGACACUGCCCUCCACCGAACGAGCCCCACUCCCGCCAGGGAAACGCUCAGUGGCGUAACACCACAGACUGACACCCCGGGGUCACAAUGGACACUUUUCUAAGGACUACCACACUGAAGAGUGACCCACUGAGCAAGUAAACUACUGGGGUCCACACCACUUACAUACACACACACCUUCGCAUACACUCACCCCAACAGACAGAAUGGACAAGGGCCACAGCUCUAACACACCUAGUAGGGAUCAGCUACAGCCGCACAGAACGCACAACAACUAAACGCAACACCCGCACUACUCAACCUUUACAGGCCCACACACUCAGGACACCCCCACAACACCCGCAGACUCAGAAACCCCUACACCCCGGGUACCUAUACAGAUGUCCACGUACCACACACCAGUGACAAACCAGGGGACACAGACACAGGAGGGAGGGGAAGGGGGGGAGCACCUUUCGCUAAAUAUUGAAUGGUGUAUGUCGAACUGCACCUGCUGCCUAUGAUGGUGUCUGAUUUACCCAGCUACCUAACCCCCCCUUCCUUCCCUUUUGUUCCCCCCCCUUUUUUUUCUUCUUUCUCUCUCUUCCUUUUCCUCCCUGCCUCCCUCCUCGUCUCCCUCCCCUCUUUCCACUGUCCACCUCUUACCUAACCUGCCUAGCAAAGUACUGUGAGGCGCAAACGCCCUACACAGCAGCCACACCAGAAUAGCCGCUCUGGAAGGCACCAAUGUUACAUGGGCAUGUCCUAACUGAAUUUACCUGUUUUUAAUGAUGCAAUUGUUCCCUUUCAUGAUGUCUAAAAUGCACAUUCCUACUUUGCAUGAUAUUCUCACACACGCUCCUAACGCACCUGUAUACCAUAUGCUUUGAGGCACGCACCACGUAGAUACUAAUACGGAUGCUCAUCUACAUACAACCCAGACCGUUGAAACGGUCCAACCCCCGCCGGGUGCCAAAAUAUACGGAUAAGUGGCAGCUGGGGACGGAAGCAGACCUAAUGUGACACUACCCCACUGAGACAACGGCUGGUGCCCCAACCAACUCUCGACGCCACAUACCCCACGGGUUGACUGCCAACACCCUGAGAGGUGGAUUUGCGGGAUGACGUUCCCGCACACCUAUCUACCAGCGGCAUAUCACCCCUAACCUUAGUCGCCUCUGCAACUCAACAACACCUACGCUCACUACACCACACUGACCACUCCCUGCAAACCCCCCUCUCAACCCCACUGCGACACCACAUACCCGUGCCCACCGGCCUCACCCCUCCCAACCCUCCCUUUCUCAUCUACCGGUUGGGCCUGCCCCCCGCGCCCCCGGUCCUAUCAGGCGCGUGGGGGAGGGCAUCAACCUCUACAUGAUCAACGCAAAGGGCCUAAACUCCCUGCAAAAAAGAGCAAGGGCGCUAUGUGAGAUUCGAGCACUAAAGAUAUCGAUCGCCUUCUUCCAAGAAACACACUUCCUUGCGACUCAGGCCCUCAUAUUCUCCAAUAAAUACUAUCUAACCGGCCACUUCGCGCACAACCCCUCAACCAAAUCCAAAGGAGUGGCCAUAAUACUCUCUGCAGAUAUUCAGUUCCGCCUGGAAGCGGCGGAGAAGGACCGGGAGGGGAGAUAACUCUUCCUCAAAGGGUAUAUAGGCAACUCUCGAGUCACCCUCGUGAACUUAUAUCUCCCGAACAAAGGUCAAAAAGCGUCCCUGGCCUCUGCCCCUAAAAGUCCUGGACGCGUUCAGUGAAAGGACUGUCAUUAUCGGAGGUGACUUCAACGCCCCGCUGGACACGUCGAAAGGAAGCUCCACGAUCCCGGACCAUGUCCUCACUGGCAUGAGGACCCUCCUCUCCAACCAUCAGCUCGCAGACUGCUGGCGCACUCGCCACUACGCAGAAACGACGGUAUUAUUCAACACCGCUCAAAUCCUUCUCGAGGAUUGAUUACUUCUUCACCCAGCACUGAUCUCCGCCCGCAUAGCCCCAAGACAUGGUCAGACCACACGCCCGUAAUCCUUACCAUCGAAAACCCCAGGCCCUUCUGUUCGCAAUGGACGUGGAAACUCAACGAAUCACUCCUAGAAGGCCCGCUGAUACAAACAGAAAUCUGAACCGCCUUAGAACACUACUUUCUCACCAACACGACAACGGACAGCUUACCACCGACAAUAUGGGAGGCACACAAAUGCGUAAUUAGAGGGAUCCUCAGCAAUCACCCAGGGCGGGGAUACACUGGACCCUAACAUGCUCCUAGCCCACGUCGUUUUACUACCGAAGGAGGGAAAAGACCCCUCUUCCUGUGCCAGCUACCGACCGAUCUCCCUGUUGAACGCUAACCUAAAACUGUUCGCUAAAAUCCUGGCCCUGCGCCUGCAGCCCCUACUACCGAAUCUUAUCCACCCUGAUCAGGGGGGCUUUGUUGAGGGUCGAGAGGCCAGGGAUAACACAAUCAAACCACUUAAUCUCAUGCAUGCAAUACGGAGGGGACCUUCCCCCGCUCUAAUGGUCUCGACCGACGCGGAGAAGGCGUUCGACAGGGUUGAUUGGUCCUUCUUGCGGUCUACACUAGAACACCUCGGCAUGGGACCACACAUGCUGGCACGAAUAUUGGCCCCCCUCCCUCUGCAGCCUGAGUGCAGGUCAACGGGAUUCUCUCGGAACCAUUUAAAGGACCACUAUAGGCACCCAGAGUUAAUGAAGUGGUUUGGGUGCCUGGUUCAUCUAGGAUUAACCCUUUCUGCUGUAAACAUAGCAUGUUUCAGAGUAACUGCUAUGUUUACAAAUGGGUUAUUCCAGCCUCUAGUGGCUGUCUCAUUGACAGCCGCUAGAGGCACUUCCGCGCUUCUCACUGUGAUUUUCACAGGGAGAAGACGCCAGCGUCCAUAGGAAAGCAUUGAGAAUGCCUUCCUAUGAGACUGGUUGAAUACGCGCUCGGUUCGUGCCGCGCAUGCGCAUUCACCCGAUGACAUCAGGAGAGGGAGCCCGGCGCUGGAAAAAAGGUAAGGGAUUAACCCUUACCCUUAACAAAAUACCGUCAAGCCGUCCACCUCCAGAGAUUGAUCGAAUGGACACACAACCCAAAAGACAAACUCUGGAUCGCCAUAGAGGCCAGCUUCUCACCGACACCCCUGUCACUCCUCCCAUGGCUACCGAAAAACAUGACUGGUGGAUUACCGAUCAGACACCCAAUUCCAACUGCCACUAUGUCCUUGUGGAAGAGGAUGGCAGCACACAAAGACAUAGCCCUGGAGCUCUCACCAUUAUGCCCCAUAUCUCACAACCCGCGAUUUACCCCAGCAUUAGAACCCUGCUACACAUCGGCCCUGGGCCUACCGUCCCCCUGCAGACUGAGGGAUGUGUACAACCAGGGAGCGAUCACGCCGCUGGGGGAUCUGGUCCCGAGCGCCCCACACUCCAUGCUCCUCCGCUUCGGAUACCACCAACUGACAGGGUUCCUGAAGAGUAUACCGGGCCUAGACUCUGCAUCACGACCGCUCUCCACGUUUGAGGCUUUCUGUACAAAACCCUCCCACCCCCCACAUGCAAUCUCGAUCCUAUACUGCAUGCUAAUCACUCCUCCCGCAGACGCACCCCUUCCUCAGUGGACCAGUGGACGACGGUGUUCACUCUCAGACAUAAAGCCUCAAUCUCCACCAAAUUCCAGGAAACAGGCUACAAAAUGGUCUCACACUGGUAUAGGACACCUGAAAAACUAACCGUGAUGAAAGCCACAAACGACCCGGAAUGCUGGAGGUGCGGGAAGGAACUAGGGUCCCUCUUCCACAUCUGGUGGUCUUGCCCACUUUUUAAGCCCUUCUGGGCAGCGGUCCACACCAUACUGACGACCAUUACCGAUGCAAACCUGCAACCCACACCUGAAACAUACCUGCUCACUUGGCGUAUUGUAUGCAGUACUGGAGACCAUAUCUUCAGAAGGAUAUUGAUACUUUAGAGAGAGUUCAGAGAAGGGCUACUAAACUGGUUCAUGUAUUGCAGGAUAAAACUUACCAGGAAAGGUUAAAGGAUCUUAACAUGUAUAGCUUGGAGGAAAGACGAGACAGGGGGGAUAUGAUAGAAACAUUUAAAUACAUAAAGGGAAUCAACACAAUAAAGGAGGAGACCAUAUUUAAAAGAAGAAAAGUUACCACAUCAAGAGACCAUAGUCUUAACUUAGAGGGGCAAAGGUUUAAAAAUAAAAUCAGGAAGUAUUACUUUACUGAGAGGGUAGUGGAUGCAUGGAAUAGCCUUCCAGCUGAAGUGGUAGAGGUUAACACAGUAAAGGAGUUUAAGCAUGCGUGGGAUAGGCAUAAGGCUACCCUAACUAUAAGAUAAGGCCAAGGACUAAUGAAAAUAUUUAGAAAAUUGGGCCGACUAGAUGGGCCGAAUGGUUCUUAUCUGCCGUCACACUCUAUGUUUAUAUGUUAUAACAUAAUCACGAAAACUCUAUUUAAGAAAAGCUAAUAUAUCAAGGUCUACAUUUAACCCCAGGGGUACUGAAGUUUGUAAUUUAUAAAACUAUUCAGUUUCUUUUAUCGCAAGUCUUUUUUCAGUAUCCCCUCCUCUCCAGUUAGGGACUACAAGAUCAAUACCAAUACAGAUAAAAUCCUGAAAAUGUAAAUCUCUACAAUUAUUACAGUGUCUAGGUACAUGAUGUUUCACACUGUUUUUGUUAGUACCAUUAAAAUGUUCUAAAAGUCUGACAUGUAAUUUUCUGAUUGUACGCCAAAAUAAAAUGUUUAAUUUGAAAAACUUCUUGUGUCACAGACCUUUUAAAAACUUUCGUUUUUUUUUUGUGCUUGAAAUUUACAUGUACUACAACCCCCACAUGUAAAAAAAUCCCUUGGGUUUUUCAUUCAAAAAUCUUUUUGGGUGGUCAUUCUUCUUUCCAGACCUGAUGUUUGGAAAUAAUUUGAGGGUUUUUUUUUUUUUUAAAGUAUCACUAUAGUAUCAGGAAAACAAAGCGAUUUUCCUGACACUAUAGUGCCCUGAGGGUGUCCCCAUCCUUAGGGUCCCUCUUCAGCCACAUACCUUAAUCUAGCGCCGGGCUCCCUCAGUGUUGCUGACCUCUCCUCCCCCGCCAAUGUAAGCUCCCGAGAGGAGCGGAAUGCGCAUGCGCGGCAAGUGGUGCGCGUGCAUGCAAACAGUCCAUAGGAAAGCAUUUCUCAAUGCUUUCCUAUGGACGCUCUGCGCAAUGGAUGCGAAAUUCGCAUCCAGCAUCUCAGAUGCGCCUCUAGCGGCUGUCAGGAAGACAGCCACUAGAGGUUGGCUUAACCCCUAAUGUAACCAUAGCCAUUUCUCUGAAACGGCUAUGUUUACAUCUGAAGGGUUAAAACCUGAGGGACCUGGCACCCAGACCACUUAAUUGAGCUGAAGUGGUCUGGGUGACUAUAGUGUCCCUUUAAGUACAGUUUUUAAAAAUCUAUCCUGCAAUAAAAUAGGCCAAUGCUUGUUAAUAUCUUUCCUAAUAUAAUAUGCCUUACUAUUAUAAUUAUAGAACCCCCUGGCUCAUGGUAGCUAUUGUUCCCCUGGUUCGUGGUAACAAAACUACCGAACAGUAUUCUCCUGGCUGUUCGGGAAAAGGAAGCAGGCGUUCGUAUACUUUGACCAGUGUUCGGGAAGUCGAGUGUCCGAUUUUAGUUCCAAACACUCGACGACCAAGUCCCGCUGCCUCCUUUCGUGCGAACAAGAUGUCUGUCAUUUUGUUUUGCACGUGGAGUUCAACUAUAUGAACCAACCUAAAAGUACCGAUUGACGUCUUAACAUGACUGAACAAACUGUUCUCAUUCUGUUAGGAUGAAGUUUGGUAGUUUCGCUGGCGUCCUGUCUAUAUGACCGGACGUUCGGGAAUACGGACAGGAAGCAUCGAAAGAUCACUGAGGAAAGGUGAGAAUUGUGGAAAAUUGCUCUGACCACAGGAUAUGGAGCACAGUUUGCUCCUCCGCUGGUCAUAGCUGGUCGGGUGUAGGACAAAUACACAAGACAAAAUAGUCACUACUUUUUCUUAUGUUUUAAAGAAAACUAGAGCAGACAGGAAGAAAUUAACAGAUCCCGAGAGACGAAGACUAAAGGAAGUGAUUAGGGAAAGGUAAGUUCGGCAUGACCGUGCCGCUUUAAGGCCUUUAGGGGGCCAGGACUUGACUAUCAUGAUGGUCGGACGCAUCUUGCAAGUUCUUCUCCGCUAAUUGUUAUACCCUGAAAAAUACCGUCUUUGGGUGCUGUCCCCAAGCACCCUCUGGGACCUAACUGAAUUCUGCCACAUGUUGUAUACCCUGGGAAGGGUCCACGAAGUGGCUACUGCUUGUUUUUCCCGGGGAACAGGAUGAGGCCUAGUGGUACCUCUGGACUGGAGAGGUUGCCGCUCUCCUGUUCCAUGCAGAGCAGCUUUAAGACCAAGUCGGAACUCUCUAAGCCCCUUUGGAUUGGUGGGGGUUAUCCGGGUCCCCACCUGGAGGGCGGGAGACUUGCAAUACUGCCGAGAAGCAAGCCACAGUCACGAACGGCGUACUCAACAUGGUGGCGGCACCAGGAGGAGAGGUCCAGACUGCUAUUCCGGCUGGACAGCCACUUUACAGCAUUUUGGCUGAAAUUGCAAAACAGGCACUUUCUGCCAGCCACACAUGUCCCUCCUGCAGAAUUACCCGCACAGGCAAACCAAAACCUCCACGACCAUCACACUGCUACCGGCCCUAUGGCUGACCGCCUCAGGCGGCGUAGACCGCAUCGGCCACGCUCGUGAAAAGCGAUACACAGACAUGGGCUGCAGAGGAUCCAAGCCUGGGCUGAGUUGAGAAGCAGACAGCAGAUUUUCAUACACCGCCUGACUUACCAACAAAGUGCCAUUUUGCUAGCUUUUGCAAUGCCUGCCUAGCUGACCAGCACCAUUAGAUGGGACUGUGCCCUGCCGCUGAUGGGGAAAGGUUGAGAGACAGAAAGCUUUGAUGCAUCCCCCCCAUUAAAGCAUUUUGUCUUUUGCAUGUCUCCAACUACCCUAACUGAUCUGGACUCUCACUCCUAUUACACAGAGCAACAUCUCUCAUAAUGGGCACCAUGCUUUUCCCAGGUCUUUAAGUUGCACUCUUGUGCCUAUCCUACUUUAUCACUGUUUUAUACCACUUAAGAAAAUUGUGCUGAAAAGUCAACGGUCACAUUGUGUGUGAAAGUGUAUUCCUGAUCUCCUUGGUAAUGCUGUUGUGAUGUUCGGAGACCGUUUGUUUAUUUGUGCACAACAAACAUAAAGAAUAAUAAAAAAAUAAUUUAAAUCCUUUAUUUAAAAGGUCCAACUAUUACUUUAAAAUCUGGUUAGAAAUAUUAAAAUUCCUUUUAUUUUCCUUUAUUCCUUCACUCUCUAAUCUGACAUUUUGCCCUCCUCUUGUUCCCUGAAUCAUUCUGACGCUCCUAGGAGUUGCCUUUUGGGGGUUUGAUUUAACAUUAGGGGGGAAAAUUUGUUUUUGUGUGGUCAACAUUUCCCCUGUCUUUUUGCCCUUUAUUCUAAAGGAAAUUUACUCUAAAGCAUUUACAGUGUCUCAUUUUUAUUAAAUUGAAAUUAAGUGAUCACUUGUUUGUCUUCAUUUACUCCAGGAUUGUAAUGUUAUGUGUACUUCUGCAGCCCAACUACAUAGCCACCGUCAAGGAUAUAAACAUAAGAAGGUAAACCCAUUGCAACACAUCUCUACAGCUAUCUGUUUGAAAUUAGUAUAGUAAUGUAGCAAAAAUGAAAGAUUGCUAUGAAUUAAAGGAACAUUCGUAACACCAUAACAGCUGUACUGGUUAUGGUGUCAGGAAUAACCUGGUCUCCCCCCAUGUAAGUAGUCAAACCAUUUGGUAACAUGGGGAUGGCCUGGUGCUGCUUUCGAUCUCACUGCAUCCAAAAGUUCCAUGCAGGAGCUUUCAUUAGCUCUUCUGAGCUAAUCCUUGCAGUGCAGGGAAGGCUAGAUACGGUCAACUAAUGAGCCAACGCCUGCACCCACUAGACUUGGCUCAGGCUCCAGAAGAGGCAGCUAGCUAUGCUCAGCAGACCCAGCUAAGAAGUCAAAUCAUUAUAAAACAGACUACUUAAAUCGGUGGUGUACCUGGACACUUUUGGCACCAUAACCAUUAUAGCUCACUUGAACGCACAGGUUCCAUAGCGUCAGUGAUUUAACAUACAUGUCAUUUUAAAUGAAAAAAAAUAAAACCACUGUUAGUUCCAGUAUGUGUUUUUAUUCAUCUAGAAAAAUGUUAGAGACAUUAAGAUUAUCCGUAUUCUAUUUUAAACGGUAUGGUUGCCUGGCAGUUUGUUAAAGAAACAGUUCCAUUUCAGCUGUGUUACUGUAAAACACUGGCAGCCUCAAAGAUCAGUUUGCAUUAAGCUGACAGAGCGUAAACAGGGUUUAAUGUUUAACAGAAGUGGUAUAGACCUAUACAUUGUGCUACCAAAUUAUCUUAAAAUCUAUUUUUACAUUUCCCCAUCGCAUCUGUCAUUCAGUUGUCUGCACAGAGGUCUAAGCCAGAAUUGAUGGAAGGGAGAGUAGGAAAACCGUCCUACAGGUGGUACAUCUGUUCUCCGACACCCAUGUGCAUGGCAGCGUCAUAGAAGAUUGCCCUGCUCAGAGAAGUGUCCCCAAGCAGGGCCAUUUAAGAGCCUCAUUUUGACCUUAUACCAAAAUCUCCUCUGUAGUAGGAGUUAUCCCUAGUAGCACUUUCACUCCUUUCAAGGAUGAACUGUUAAGUAAUAGCAGUCAUAUUGCACAUUUUUGUGAACAAACUUGUGGCAGUAUCAGCAGUACAACAGACCAUGCAUGGUGUUGUGACUUGGCUCUCUCUGGGAAGGAUAGAGCACAUUUUACCAUUUGUGCAUGGGAACAAAUGCCACAUGCACAAUUAGGACUGCAAAGGAGGAUGUCAAAAUUGUACCUUUAACUACUUCAAUCGCGUAGAUACCAGGACACUGUAUUGGUUAUGGUGUUUGAGAUUCCUUUAACAUGCAUAUAUUAUGAGUUGUCUUUGUUACAGUAUUAAAUAUAUUUAAAAUGUUACCCUUUAUCCUUGCUUAUACUUGUAUUAAAAACUGUAUUGAAACAGACAUUGCGUGACAGGAUACCUCUCUGUUUUUUUUCUUUUUUCUUCUUCUUUAUGUUAUCUUAAUCUUGGUUGUCAUUUGAAAUAAUCUAAAUUUAUAAUUUUCUUUGUGGUGGAAUCCAGGUACAAGAAGAGCUAGAGGAAUUUGAAGGUAUGUUAUCUUCUUCCUAAUUCACAUCCUAGUGAACAUAUUUUAACCAUUCCAUCCUGCACAAUUAAAAUAGUUUUUCUGCCUAUAAUGCAGUUAAUGUGUUUUGCCUUUAACAAACACGUUACUAAUAUGAAUGUAUGCUCAGAAAUGAUUUCCCUAAAGUAUAUUUUUUGUAUUUCUACACAAACUUUGUAAUUAAAAUUGUGACAGGGUUCUUUAUCUAAAAUAAAUAUUUACACCUCCAAUUAUGAUAGGAAAAAAGGACCGUCUGACGAGACCAGUGGACAUCUUGUAGUGUUCAUUUAUGUAUUUUCCUACUAGACCAACAAAGCCUUGGGUGGCAACAAGGUGAUACAGUCUUGAAAUAAUAUCCGGGUACAUAAGACUCUGCACAUGGAACGAUGGCAGCCAUAGACAGUCAUAAUAAAUAUUGAUCAGUGCAGAUAACAGGUUAAAAAUUAUGGUAAAUGGUAGGAAUAUAGGGAGAAGCAAAGAUGGGGAGAGAAAAGGAUGGAUUGGGAGAGUCAAGAAGUUUGGGGAGGAGGGGAAAGCAUUGUUGGGAGCGAUGAGGAGAAAAGUGCUCUGGGUGACAUAGUGUUUGCCUCCAGACACCUCUGCAUCCUCUCUUCCUUCUUCCUGUCAACCAGGAAGGUUUGCUGGGGUUUUUGUGAUCUUCUCAGCCCAUCAUUGGCUGGCUGUUAAUAGUAAUGUCUGUUGGAGCUUUCUCCUGCUCUUCCUAUCUCUCAGUUGUUGGCAUAGAGGCCAAGACCUGAAAGACUGAUGGGGGCAUAUUUCUAAGCAGAACUGUCAAAAUCUAUUCAUACACUGGUGUUUUUGCUUUCAUAAGAGCAUAAGUAAAUGCACAGUUGAUGGGUGCACUUUUAAAGGGACACUAUAGUCACCAGAACAACUACAGCUUAUUGAAUUUGUUCUGGUGAGUAGAAUCAUUACUUUGAGGCUUUUUGCUGUAAACACGGUCUUUUCAGAGAAAAUGCAGUGUUUACAUUACAGCCUAGUGAUAACUUCACUGGUCACUCCUCAGAUAGCUGUUUAGAGAUUUUUCCUGGGUAAUGGCUGCCUAAAAUGCAUCCUAACAUUCAGUAUCUCCUCCCUCCCAUGCAGACAUUGAACUUUCCUCAUAAAGAUUCAUUGAUUCAGUGUAUCUCUAUAAGGAGAUGCUGAUUGGCCAGGGCUGUGUUUGAAUCUUGCUGGCUCUGCCCCUGAUCUGCUCUUUGUCAUUCUUAGCCAAUCCUAUGGGGAAGCAUUGUGAUUGGAUCAGGCUACCACUUCUGAUGAUGUCAGCAGACAGCUUGUUUUUCUGAGGCAAACAACAUGCAGAGUUACAGCUUCAGGCUUGAAUACAGUAAGAUGUUGCUAUAUUUAUGGAGGCAUGAGGGACCCAGGGGGGCUAGAAGGUGGCUUUAACACUAUAGGGUCAGGAAUACAUGUUUGUGUUCCUGAUACUAUAGUGAUCCUUUAAUGUAUCCCUUCUAACAAAAAGAGAGAGCACAAGAGUGUGUGGGUCUCUCUACCAAGCUCCUCCCCUGACAUGUCCGUAAUAGAAGAGGGAUUCAGCGAAUAGUGAGAGCUGUUGUCUGGGACUGUAACUUCCACCAGUCUCAGGAAAACUAGAAUAUUUAUGUGCCUUUUAGGGGUGUUGCAGCAUGGCUCCUGCUUUGUAUCCAAGGAUCUAGCUAAUUUUAUAUAUGACUUUGUGUUUAUCAUUCUAGUUCAUUGGACGCCUGCUAGUAUACCAGAAUGUAAAGACUAGCAGCUUUAAUUUGUGUUAUAGAAUCAAUAAAUUAAUGUAUGUGUAUAUAAUUAUUUUUUUUGUUACCCUCUUCGGCUGAUUGGUGAUCAGCUGGUGGCUGAGCCUAUUGCCAAGUGGGCUGCCUCUGAUCCAGCCUAUUUCUCUCUGCUGUGAUGUCAGGUUUUUGUUUUUUUUGUUGGAAUUGACAGAUGGCAACUAUACAGAAAAUGUUAUAUAAAGCAGAAAUUAGUGUAAUCCACUAGUUAAUAAAUUGUGGUUAGCUGCUCUGGAAAUGCAGUAUCGCAAGCUUUUACUGACUGAGUGGAAGUUUCAAAUUGUGACUGUUUUCUCAAUUACAAUCUACUUGAAGAUACAUUUCUAUAAGUGUUCGUAUGUGUUUUUUGUGAGACAAUCAGCCGUUUGCCUGACAACUUUUACUAUGAUUUUCAUUUUAAGAUCGAUAUUCACGCAAAAGAAGCCAUUCACCAAAUUAUGACGAUCUUGAUUAUGAUGACUGCCAUGCAGAGCUUCUUUCAUCUUUUUAUUCUCAUUAUCCCUCCACAUCCCAUUCAGGUAACUCUAUGAAAAAAGUAAAAAUACCUUCUUCAUUAAUGGUUUCUGUUUGUUUGUUUAUGCUGUGUGUAAGGAUGAUAAAAGUGUAGGGCAUGGCUGAAAUAAAGAUGUUACCAGUGAUAAUGAAUAGUAGUCACUAGCCACAAAAAUAAGUAUGAUUCUUGAUGCGGAAGCUGCAACACUGCAGCCAUUUCCUCCAAACAGAAUGUACGGGUUUGGCAUAUUCGUGCAGCUGAUUCCCAAGUGUCAUUCUGCACCAACACAAGCAUAUGUUGUGACUGAGCCAGAUCUACACUAUCGUGCAGACAACACUAUCUAUAUAAACUCCUCAGAUGCCUAAGCUCAUUUCCCUGUUUUGGUUUCUCCGUACUUCCAAAAAUUUAUUAGGUUGUCUGUCUAUCUUAUUUUACUGAUUUGUGUACAUUGUUCUGUAUUCUUGGUACCCCUGACUGGGCUUGGCAUCUUCAUGUUGUACUUAUUUAUAGCCCCUGACCUGUUGCUGAUUAUUCUACUCAUUUGCAAGUUACCAGUCUCUGUGUGUUGGGUUUCCCUUAAUGCCUUGAUAAUCGGCUAUUAAAUCCAAAUGUCUGGUAGAUUUUAAAUUUACAAAUAUGUGAAAAAUCUGCUGCAGGAAUUGAAAGGGUUAGUCCAAGUAACAUGACCACUUCAGUGCUCAUCGUGUCUGGACCCUGUAUGUGCAGAGUUUCAGUAUGAUACACUGCCCAUACAGGGACUAAUACUUCUACUGUUGGAGUUGUAACUCCAUCUGGCUAUUAGGCAGCACGGAAGUCCAUUCUAUGCAAAUUUUUAUUUAAAGUUUGACAUUCAUCGUCUGAGAUAGGUAAGCUGACAUUCUCAGCCAAUGAAUGGCCAGCGGGAUUUUCUUCUGCAGCUUUGCAUAAGCUAGAAGCUCGUCAUCAGACAUAGAGGGAGGCCAGCAGUAAAAGGGCUCCCCCCACUUUUGUACAUUCUUCAAUGAUGGUAUGGUUUACUUCAAGCUAACAUGGCAACACAGGCCUCAAUUUUAAUAUUUGAAAAGCUUAUCCAAAAAUUUGUUUAAUAUUUGUGGGUAAACUUUACAAGUUAUGAAAUAUUUAAGGGGGGCGGGGCCGAAUCACUAUGCUGGCUGGUCGCUUGUCUGACAAGCUUCUGUCACAUCUUACUUAAGCUUCAAAUAAGCAAAACUCAACCUUUUUCUUGUCUAAAAAUUGACAGUUUUAAGCGAAGUACCUACUGCUAAUCCUGCAGGACCCUGGUCUGACCGCUGUGAAGCUCUGCUGGGAGAUUGAGCAUCUGGAGCUAGAAGCCUACUUGAGCUGUGAGUGAGGUGGACUGCUUACCGAUUGUCUGGUGCAGCUCCUCGGUGGAUUAUCUUGCCAGCCCUGUUUCCCCCGCCUUUGGACCAGUAAGGGUUAUCCUUGUCCCCACUGGCUUGACACACAUGUCUCUGCUGGUUCCAGUACCACACCGCAGUUCAUACAUCCCAUGCGGCGACUCUUAUAAAAUGGCAGACGUGCCUCCAUCACCGGAGUUUACAUUAACGCAGCCCUGCAGAGACUGCUGUAAUAUGGCGGAGUGCGAAUAGACUGGAUCUUUCAAUGCUUCUGGGUGAUGCUGGUGAAGUGCUUGGCUCCAACAACCCACAUAGAAAGGGAGAAGAAGAGAGUCGUGUAUUGAGGGCUGAGACUGCUUCUUUCGGGUGAAACCUCUACUCCUGUAGGCUGUAUGCCUACUUUGGCUGAGGAUCCUGAGGAGACUGCCUCCAAGCAACGACCACCUGGCUGGAAGACCGUCCACCACUAGCGGCGGAGUAACACCUGGGUCUCCCGCUUGGCCCGAUAUGGGUAAGAUUCAGACUCCCGAAGCAUUAGAGUCUGUGGUCCACAGAUACCGCCCUCCACACAGGCCUGGGGCUUGAGGAGAACCUUGUCCCGCCUGCAUAACUCAGUUACCCUCUGCAGCCUACAUGCUUCGGUGCUUACGCUGCCAAGUUUAGGCAUUGGCUGACUGUGGUUGGUUUGCAACCUGGUAGCUCGUGUGCUGCCAUAUGGGAGUCCCGGGUGAUAAAUCACUGCAUUUGUUACCUCUGUUACCUUUAUUUUACAUUGCUGUGAUAUUAUUUUGGUGCAUGCAGAGUCUUAAGCCCUUUAAUAAGUACCAGUGGUAUACUCUGCGUAUUAGUUAAAGGGAUACUGUAGGCAUCCAAACCACUUCCGCUCAUCGAAGUGGUCUCGGUGCAAUGUCCCAUGUCCCUUAAACCAACCGUGGUAAUUAUUGCAGUUUCUGAGAAGAUUAUGCUAGCGCAGUGUACGAAUAAUCUUAAUUUUAAUAAUGACAGGAGGUGAGUAUUUUGCAUUAACUUUCUUUACUAACUCCAUAGCAGCAGAGAAGAUAACUGUUAAAGAAAGAACCAAUCAGAGUAUAUAAGUCCAAGCUUAGCCAAUCAUUUCCUCUUGACUACUGCGACAUCACAAGUUAUGACAAACGUGUCUGAUUCAUUUGAUCCAACUUAAUCCAACAUGGAAACUCGGUAAGGAAUUCAGUUUUCUCCAUUAUACUGAAGACUUGUUAAACUGAGUGAUACGGGACAGACCGUAUGAAGCAAGUGUCUAUGAGUAUAUACUUCACUUUCCAAUGAUUACACUCGUUUAGCCAUAAGAUGUAUGUUAUAAAUCAGGGGUAGGCAACCUUUUAGCAGCACUGUGCCGAUAUAGGAUUGUGAUGUCCCGUAGCGUGCUGGUCCUAUUUUUUUUAAAUUGAGGUGUGUAUGCUACCAUAUUCUGCUUGUGUUAUUUUUACUGUAAUUGCUUUGUAUCGUAUUUGUGCGUAUUUGAGCUAUUAUAUUGUAUAUGUUCAUGAGUAGUUUAUGGUAUCGUGUAUGAUACAUAUGAAUUUGGGCUGUGUAUGAGGGCUGCUUGUGGAAUUGUGUGUGGAUGGAUAUGUCACAUUGUAUGUUUGGUAGUGUGUGGGGACUUAUUGGGGUAUUGCAUGUGAGAGGCUGCAUGUGGGGUUGUGUGCAUGUAUGUGGAUUGUUAGUGGUGUUGCGUUUGUGGGAAUUGUGUGUAUAUUUGUGUGUGGGCUGUUCGUAUUAUUUGUAUGAGGGGAGGGUUAUUCUGCAUUUCUGUGUAUAUCUAGCAGUGUGGGUGGCUUCCCUAGGUUCCAAUGGGGACCAGGCCAGCCAGGUACAGGUCAAGGACAGAAGCUGCAACAACAGCUGCAGGCUGCUCUGCUACAGUGUGGAUUCCCAUUCACAAGUGCUGGGAGGAAGUGAUCUAAGAUGGCAGACGGGAGGUGGAGAGUGCAAGACCUGGAGUCUAUCUCGAAGCCCAGGAAUUGGAUUUUCUGUACGGGGUUCAUUGCGGAUUUUGCUCUAUUGUCCGAAAGGGAGGCACGUGAAAUGCCAUGGGAAGCCGUUCCGUAGGAACCGAAGGAAGGGGCGGCUGUCCUCGUGAAUUGGGAUCGAUAAGUAUGCGUCUUUAAGGUCUAGACGCGUAAACCAAUGCUUUUCUUGAAGGAGGUCCCUCAGUAAGUGUAUGCCCUCCAUUUUGAAGUGUUGAUAGGUCACAUGAGCAUUCAGUUCUCUUAAAUUGAUCACCGGUCUGAAAUCCCCGGUUUUCUUGCGGACGAGGAAUAUAUUGCUGAAGAAGCCUCCUCGUUUGUGCACGGGUUGUAUAGUGCCCUUCUUAUGUAGUUCGCGGAGCUCCACGUCUAUGAGGUGAGCGUCUGGAGCUGAGAGGCAUAAGGGACGAGUAGGAAAUCUCUGUAUUGGGGGGUGUUCGUAAUUCGAUUCGGUAUGCGUUGACCGUCUGCAAUACCCAGGCGUCCGUGGACAAUUGUGCUCAGUUCUGGGGAAAAAAGGGAAACACGGCCAGCAAUCAUGGUUAGUUGAGGCAUCGAGAAAUAUUUGUCUCUUACCUGUUGGGAAUCUUGCGCGGGUGCGUCCGCGACUUGCGGAAAAGUGCUGCGCGGCGCUGCUCUGUUGAGAGGGCCGCAUUCGUAUUUCCAAGAAAACAGAAGCCCCUCUGGGCCCAUUCUCAGAUAUCAUGUGCCCACUCGCGCACCAUGUCCGCUGUAAAUGAGUUCGCUCUGGUGUAGGCAUCAUCUGCCAGGUACAUCACACAGGCCAGUGGCCCCAUCGUGUCCAGGAGCUUGUCUUGCACCCCUUUAAAGCUCUUUUCGAUUCCUCUGCGCGGAUCGUGGCCUCCUUGCUCCAUAAAGUCAGCAUGAGCUGAUCGAACUCCGGUGUAAACGCCACCUUAUCUGGCAGAGUCGGUCUGGGACACUCCGCCCGCAUUCUUUUGCGUUUGUGUUUUUCCAGGGGUUUACGUAUCCAAAAAUGCAUAAACCUGAGGGGGUGGUCAGGUGGAGCCCAUUCCCCAGAGCGGGGGUGUCGAAUGUUCCUAGGGCCAAACAUUCUCUGCCCCGUGAUAGGUCACAUGAGCAUUCAGUUCUCUUAAAUGUCUAGGAAUGUUUAGGAAUAUUUCUUGUUCCUGUGUGGCUGCGGUGGAGGAUUCCGCUUCUCCUUUACUCUGGGGCUCACCCAGGAAUGUCUCCGUGACGUAGGCGUUGGAGCCCCAAUCGCCUUCGUCGGAGUCGGAGGCCUCUGCCUGCCACUCAUCCAAGAUGGAGAGGGGCGUAUCUUUUUCCUCAUCCGAGGACACCUCCCUAGUGUAUGUGGGAGCCAUAGUCAUAGCGCGCUUACUGCGCUUUAGUGGCGUCUUGCCUUUGAAGGUGGCCCUUUUUGGACUCGUUGCCCUUCCAGUGGCUUUUUGCUGGGCGGCUUUUCUCUUUAGAGGAGUCAUCCGACUCAUCCGAGUCGUCUUUAUUCUGGCUCUGCUUGCUAGCCGGAUUGGUAGAUUCAGUGGCUGUAGGCAUUGCCUUCGCCAACGCCUUUUCUAAAGACGCAGCUACUGCUGCGUUGAUCACGUCCUGAUAUUUGUGUCUUCCAUAGUACGGGCACUAACAGGCACAGGUAUAGGUGUAAGAGGUGAGGGACUCAGACAAGCCGUCGGCCGUAUAAGUGUUAUCGCUCAGUGGCGUGAAAUAAGACUCUUUAGCACUGGGGCUCACCCAGGAUAUCGGAACUGCUUUAACAGCUUCCGCUGUGCAGCACUCAGGGAAAAAUCCUAAAUGGGGGCUCACCCCUUGCUACUGGGCUAUACCUUACUGGCAGUCCUACUCCCCAGGGGUAAUGUCACCAACCUGUGUAGGUCCCAAGUAGACUUCACCUCCGCAAUUCUGUUGAAUUUUCACGAAAACGAGAGCCUUGUCCUGCUGUGUGUUGUAUUCCUCCCAAAACUUUGCCAACAAAAUGGCCGCUGCGGGUCUCGCGAGAGACCUUGGUUUGUCAGGAAAAAGCCAGCAAAAAAACUGUUAGCUAAAGCGCUCGGCAGAAAAACCCACGAACAGCCAUUCAUUUACUUGACUAAACUGCCGAAAGUUCCUGGUGGCAGAGUCCACGAUCGGACUGGUUUACUGAAGUUUUAUAACUGUCCGUUCGUGCAAUUCUACAGACAACAGUAUGUUGACAUCCGUGCAGAAAAGCAGGAACCGUGAUUGCCCGCUCUGUUCGCGCCUUUUAAUUACCAGCGCGAACAGGCUCACAGUGCCACACGCAGAGAGCUGCGUCCUUUCAUGCUGAAGUGCAGGAAUUCAAUAUGCAACCCGGUCUGUUCGCAUAGCUGAUGAUGCGAACAGGGCGGGAAGGAGGCGAAAAAGGUGGCGAACGUAGCCACUCGAGGGGGAGGGGGUGUUUGAAACUGAACGCUGCUGCCUCAGAGUGGGUCUCUGCGAAUACGUAGCAAAUGGUCACUGAAUUAUGAAAGUUGCAAUAGGUAAUAUUAAGCACAGUAUGCUGUUGAAAUCAUAAUGAAGAAUUAAUCAUAAUUACUGGGAAGCUCUUUUCUUGAUCCUUUCACCCACAAUAGUAUGAGAUGUAAAGAUCAGCCCCAGUGAAGGGAGAGGGGAUAUCCCCUCCUGAAGCUCCCCUGCCACCCCCAAUAAACAGAUGUUCGUUACCAAAAAUACUAGUAUACAGUAAAUCUAUACAUAAGAUCCUGCAUAACAAAAUACAAUUAAUAAAUCAGCACUCUGACCUGACUUGUGAUGGUGCAGCAAAGAAAGAGGAAAUGAUUGGCUACGCUAGGACUUAUAUACUCUCUCUGAUUUACUCUGGUUCUUUCUUUAACACUUUUUUUUCUUUGCUGCUAUGGAGUUAGUAAAGAAAGUUAAUGCAAAAUAGGAAGCCUCCUGUCAUGUUAUAAGGGGAAGGGAAGCCUCCUGUCAUGUUAGAAGGGAAGUGGGGGCACUAUAGGAUUCUACAUUGCCAAGAAAACGGGUUUUAUUUUCCUGGCUCUAUAGAAUCUUUAAGUAUCUAGUAUUACACGAACUUGUGAAAACCUAGCAUGUUAUGCAGCAUUGAUAAUUCAUAGCAACCUCCAUGUCAACUUAACCUACUCAAUCUACCAGUUUAACCCCUGUCCCCAGUUUAGACACGGCACUUCAAAAAAGAAAUGUUAUUGUCGUCCAGCAAAGUCUAUGACUGGAAUUGUAUUGCAUAAUUGUAUUCAGCGGUCAAACUCUGAUGUCAUUAUGAUUGUCUGUUCCAUGCUAUCCUCUCAAUAAAACAAAGAUUGGCAAAAAAUAAAAUUAUAUAUAUAUAUAUAUAUAUAUAUAUAUUUUAAAAAUAGUAAUGCACUCCACCUUCCUUGAUGUACUUGCCCGGUGCUUAUCAGCAAACCGAUACAGCCAAAAGUACAAGAUAGAACUCCAGGGACUUCAAGUUGAAUGAAUAAAACUUAGCUUUUAUUAGCUCAAAAUAAAAAUCAACGUUUCAGUCUGUAUCACAAGACAUACUUAGAAACUAGCUAAACGUUAUGUAGUUUGAGUUUAUUCUUAUGUCACCCUCUGAAAUCAUUAAGCCAAGGGAUGUCGACAACUUUGCAGGCCAUAGUGAAAGGACCACUUCAUGUACCAUAAAAACUUCAUAUCAAUUAAGUUGUUAUGGUGCUUGGAGGUCCUGAGUGCUGUCUUACAAUCUGUGGUUGAGCUGUUUUCAAACCCUAAAGUGCUGGCCACAACUCUUGUCCUCCUAGGCUCCCUGGUUUUUACUUUUGCCCAGCUUCAAGGCCUUUUCAUAGGUGCCAGUGAUAGAAUAUGUAUGGACCUUUUUAUAAAGGAUUUCUUUUAAUGGAAGGCCAGUAAAAGGCUGAGUGCAUCAGUCUAUCACACACGGAAAGACAUUGAAGCAUCGGCUGGAGUAGGAGGCAGGGCAUCUAGGAGGAGCACUGUAACCAACACUUUGAAAAUUGUUUAACCCAAUAAAGUCAGACCCAGGGCCUCUAGGCACCAUGGCAUCUUUAUUGAAAUUAAUUUGUUUUGGUGCCUAGAGUGUGUGGUUUUUGUUCUUUUAAUAUAUUUCGCAAGACAAUUUUUUUAUUUAUAAAUAUAAAUACCACUUAUAUAUUUAUAUAAAUAUAAAAUACAUGCCCUGAUGAAAGUUACAAUGUUGCAACUGAAACGUUGACUUUUAAAGUGAUGUACAAAUAAAAAGUUAAGUAUUAUCUUAUCUACCGUUUUUUGAGUGCAGCAAAUUUGACAAUUUUUUUUAUUUUUUGUGUGGCUGAGCAUCGGGCAUCAGUAUUUACACUAGGAGUGCAAGUUUUUUGGAUAUAUAUAUAUAUAUAUAUAUAUAUAUAUAUAUAUGCUGCACUCAUCUGAACAUGCAUAAAUGGGGUGCUGCUGUGGGCCAAUGUAUACAAUUUACAAGAUCCAGCGCACUCACUUAUCCACUAAACAGCAACUUCAAUAUUGACAGAUUCUAUCUUGUGUAUAUAUUUAUGUAUUAAUUUGUGCAGAGUUAUAGUAGUGGUGGCAUAAGUCAGUUGUGGUGUACGGGAAUAGACGUCAGGCCAACCAAAUUGAAUGGUUUGAUAAAGGGAGCGGUAGGUGGGCUGAACCAGGCAGGCAGCAACAGCAUGGAGAAGGGGAAGCCUGUAUAUUUAUAGGCAAACUAACCCCUCCCACAAUUCAAGGCUUCACCCACAGGCUCAGCCUUCUAUUUGUGGUCGGGGUCUGCUGUGGUGUGCGGGAACCGACGUUCGGAUAGGACCGUAAAAAGAGGGCAAAAGUUUAAUAGUGUACAACUUAUUACGUGUUGACAUUGCAUAACCGAUACUUAAAUAUUUAUCAACAUUAUAACCAUACAUGAAAGAGAGAAACAGUUUGUGUUUUAAUGGGAGAUACUGUACAACAUCCAGGUACUCGCUGACACUUAUUAAGCCAAAUUGCGAAACGAUUAAGCUAAAUUGGUGACUUGGGAACCUAACUAGUUGCCAAGUGGCGAUGAGAGGCUCUACCUAUGAUUUGGCCCGUGGGGUAGGUUUUCCACUGAGCGUUGUGGUGGGGUGUUGGCCUCUCAGUGUGAGCUAAAGAGAUAUAUGAUAAGUUAGCUGUGACUGAUGAGGCCCUAACUGCUUUGCCAAGAGGGCGGAGAAGCGAGGCACUAACUAUGAUUUGGCCCGAGGGGCGAAAUACCGUUGCUGAGUUGGCCUCAUGGGACAGCGAUGUAAUGGCACAAGAGGCCGAAAACUACCUAUAACCACCUAGGGUACCCUAGCAGCCAGACCAAGCUAAUUUAUAGCAUUCUGUAGAGCAAGUAGUUGUUGUACAUAGGGAGGUAUUAUCGUAAAAGCAAAUCACUUGCAUGAUAGAAAAUGUGAAAUACAAAAUAAUUCACGCGUGACAUGAUUAGACAUAUACCUGAAUGAUAAAUGAAAGUUGAUAGUAAUAAGUGAAUAUGUAAUAAAGGGCAAAGAAAUACUUGUACAGUGAUUAAAUUAACCAAAACCUGAGAGUUACCCAGAGAACUUGUGUUCACAAUUACUAACAUUGAACAAUUGUUUAUUAACAGUCUGUGCCAAAAAAGUAGAUAAAAUAAGUGCUAUUAGCUCAGAACACCAAAUUACUCGAGUGACAACAGUUGUCAACCUAACUGAAGGAAAUUGAACAGCAUAAUAAAGACACAGUUGACCAUAUCUGACAAUUGGCCCCAGAUAUGCAACGGCUGAGAAGUAGGAGGCAUGGAGAAACUUUACUUAAAGGACCACUAUAGUGCCAGGAAAACACACUAGUUUUCCUGGCACUAUAGUGCCCUGUGGGUGCCCCCACCCUCAGGGACCCCCUCCCGCCAGGCUGGAUGGCGAGGAAAGGUUAAACUCACCUUUAUUCCUCUCCGCCUCUGAUCCUCCUCUUCGGCUGAAUGGGCAUGCGCGGCAAGAGCUGCGUGCGCAUUCAGCCAGUCUCAUAGGAAAGCAUUUACAAUGCUUUCCUAUGGACGCUGGCGUCUUUUCACUGUGAUUUUCACAGUGAGAAGCACGCAAGCGCCUCUAGCGGCUGUCAAUGAGACAGCCACUAGAGGAUUUGGAGGCUGGAUUAACCCAUUUAUAAACAGCAGUUUCUCUGAAACUGCUAUGUUUAUAAAAAAAGGGGUUAAUCCUAGAGGGACCUGGCACCCAGACUACUUCAUUAAGCUGAAGUGGUCUGGGUGCCUAGAGUUGUCCUUUAAGGAUAUGCAUGUAACUCGAUAUGACAUGAAGCCUAGCAAAAAUAGAAUCACUGACUGAAUUACGUAAAUGCGAAUGAACAGCCUGAGAAUUUAAACAACAAUCACAUAAAAAGAGCGCAGCGAAUGAAGUAAGAGACUGAAAUAGGAGGUAAGGAUAAUACUAAUACGGUUAAAUUAGUGACAUAUUGAAGAGGCCAGGAUAUGUUAACUGCUACGUGAGAGGCCCAAGGUUCUUGGGAGUGUUCUGAGAGAGGGCUGUAUGGGAAGAACGUCUGUGGGCCUACCAAGGCCAUGUGCAAUAUUGAAAUGUAGAAUGGAAGAUUUGUAUUUUAUUUUAUUAUAAACGUAUUUAAGUGCCCUAUUGAUGUGUGGUAACAGUCGUAGCGCUUGCCCCAGAGGGCCGUGUGUAAUGUAUGGAGUGAUGGGUUAGUGAUGGCUGUGUGUAGAGGUACCGUAGCAGAAGGCAGAGAUUGCCCAAAGUAAGUCAUGAGAUGCAGGAAGGAGAAAUAACGCUGAAAAGGGGUAACAGAUGUAUGGAGUGAACAAUUUAGGUAUGUUUAGAAUGCCAUUAGGGAUGUCCUGGUGUAGACCUGUGCAAAUGUAGAGGUAGGAAGAAUAGUCAGACUAAAGGGUGGCAACAUGGAAUGUGGUGGAGGUCUAUCUAUAAGACCGAUGCCAAAUGAUGACGAGCAUGUAACCGACACUAAAUAUAUUUUAUAGUGUCAUGAAGGAGGUGACUAAACACCUAUUACUUACAAAUACUGUGCAAGAUCGAAGCGGCCCAAUAUGGAGAAGUAAGGAGAAAUGUAUAGGAAGAGUGAGGCUGGAGAAUAGGUCCUGAGAGGCAGGAUACAGAAAUAAAGCUGUAUAAGGUGAAUAGAUAUAUGGAAUACAAAAAUGAUUGGGCCAUAUAGGUUGAUUUAGGCCUAGCGAGACUAUAUGGAGAUAUAGAUAUAUCGAUAUAUCUAUAUCACGUAUAUAUACCCCAGGCAGCCAUGAAGGGAGGGUAUGUUAUAAUGCCUCCCAGAGGGCCAUAUGAUGAUAAUGUAAUUAAGGCCACGUGCGAAGGCUUAGGACCUGAAACAAGACCUGUAUAAUCAUAUUUAUGUACAACUUUAGCUAUGUGCACAGUUUCAAUCUGAGACCUAGGAAGGAGAUAAUAUAACCAUCCAAAUAGAUGCAGGAGGACCAAAGUGCUUAAUGUGAGGUAAAGAUAAUGUAGGUGGUGAUAUUACAGUUACUCAAUGAGAAUACCUAAUGAGGGCCUGGAGGUGCGUUCCUGAUAACAUGUAGCAUAAUGGAGUAAUAUGCAACCUCUGUAAGACAGAUGUGAUGGAAAAUACUCAAGAGAUGCCGGAAUAGGACAAGGUUGGUUGCCCACAGCCAGGCAUAUGAACAAACGUGAUAAUUCUUAGUGAAGACUACGUGUAGCAUGCACACACACACACACACCCAGCCACACCCACCUUUCCCUGGUGGGGGUGGGGAGGCCCGAUUGGGUUUUGCGUUACAGGGUGGCUGUCAUGUUCCUGAGCAGGUUCAGAGAGGAGACAAUUGCCAGGGUUAUUGGUAUUUGUCUUUUUAAACAUAACAAUUUACUUGAAAGCAAGAAUUAAGGCAAUAUGCCACAAAAAGGAUACUUUGAGAGUUAAAACAGAAUAAAGGCAAUAUGCCCCAAACAUGAUAUCUUGAAGUAAAUGAAUAAAGUCUUUUAUAUACAAGUAGGUUUGAAGUUAUUUCCAAGUAGAUUGAUAGUUUGUGGAAUGUCACACUGCAGCCAGGUUCAGGAUGAUACAGGGUUGAAAUGGUUAAAGCUGGUAAGUACUUUCAAUAUAAUAUAGUACAGGUUGCUUACAGGAUUAUGCAGAGUAGCAGUAGCUGAGACAGGUAAGUACUUCCAGAAUAAUGUAAUACAGGUUGCUUACAUGAUCAUGCAGUGUUGCAGCAGUUGAAACAGAGAAGUAGAUUUCAGUAUAAUAUGGUACAGGCUGCUUACAGGAUUUUGCAGAGUUGCAGAAGUUGAAGAUAAGAGUUUCAGGAGGAUUCCGGUUAUGGGACACACGGAGUCUCCAUAGAGGAUCAGGAUGUUUUCAGGAUACAGGAUCGUUUCAGUAGUUGAAGAUUAGAGUUUCAGGAGCAUUCCGGUGACGGGACACACAGUCUCUAUAAAGGAUCAGGAUGUUUUCAGGAGCCAGGAUACAGGAUGUUUUCAGGCAGAACACUGACUUCAUUUUCAGAACACUGUCUUCAUUUUCAGAACACUGACUUCAAUGUAUCUCCCAAGACCACCAUUGUCCAUCUCCCCACCUCUUAUAAUAGAAUCUCCCAACAACAACUGCUUUCUAUUAGGCUUCACCAUAGUCUCAAAGGCAGUCUCCACAACACCACUACACUUGGUGCCUGAGCCGUUCUCCACAUCACCAUUACCCUCAGUGCCUGAGCCUGUCUCCACAACACCACUACCCUCAGUGCCUUAGCCGAGUUUAAUGAGAUAUAAGACAAACGGUUACUUACAUACUUAUGGAACUCUUAGGAGGAUGAUUUAUAAUUAGCCUGGAAAAAUAAAGUUGAAGGCAACGGCACAUGCUAGAAUAAUCGUAGAAUAACAGUAUUAACACUAUUGGCAUAAGCUAUAACUUUAUUGCUUAAUGAACAUGACUGCAUGAGAUAAAUUGAACACAAGUGGAUCGUAUGAAUAUGACAGUAAAAGUAAUUACAAUACUUGGGCCAGUUGAAAUGCGGUCGAACACGAUUGAAACAAGUUAUUGCAACAGAGAAAACAUGCCGGCUGCAGAUGGCAGAGAUGUGAACGAUUUCUGAAAUGCUGAUGAGGAACCUGAGUGGUAGAAUGUGAAGCGAACGUAUGCAAGUUUCUGUAAAGUUUGAUGUGUAUGAGCAGCUAAAUGUGGGCAAGAAGUGGCCAGCAAACAAAGAAAACACUCCGAUAUCAAAUGCCUGCACCAUGUGUUAGAGGCACUAUAGGGCUAUAGAAUUUGCUGGCGCUAUAUAAAUAAAAUAAUAUUAAUCAAACUGCAAAUUAGUGUAUGACCAGUAGAACCGGCGUACGUGCAUGCAGUAGGUAACAGACAUAAUUAUGCCCUGCAAUUUUAAAGUACGAUUCACUAGGCCUGUGCCAAGAAAGUUCUAAGACAAUGUAAAUGGUGACGGACAGUGAAAUAAGACAGAUUAUCAUCAAGGCAGUACAAUAGAGGCUAACCACAUGUAUAGGCCCAAGUUUGGGUCUGACAUAAAUUUAGAAAGUCCGUAGCAACACCUAGUCACAUAUUUACUAAACAAUGUAUGCCCAAUGUGUGCCGACAAAGAACACAUUAAGAUGUAGGUUGACGAACUGAAAUGCAUGAAUGUUUAUGAUAUAUAUGUUAUGAGUUAAUGAGUUAAUGAGUUUGAGGUUGUUUUUUUUUUUUUUUUUUUAGACAUUUAGAAGAUACUCCUCUUUAUAGAGGAGAAGGAAUUUUUAAAUUGUAUUGUGUACAGAGAAUGCAUGCCUGAAUACCAAGAGGACAGCCGUAAAGAAAACAUAAAAAAGCAGGGUGACUGAACUGAAAUGCUAAAUGAUAAAAGUCGAUAUGGCCUAGUGAAGGCCAAAUACAGUAAACAGAAUGCAUUAGAUGAAUUUAGGCAGCUUUGUGAGGCUAUGUACGAUUGAAAUUGGCUGAAUUUGCAUUAGUAGACCAGUUUGUUGGGAGUUUAGGAAGUUUGUGUUGAUGACCUUUGAACUGGAAGUAGUUCUGAACCCGGCAGCAACAGCACAGAGGAAUGGAUAGCCUGUGUAUUUAUAGGCAAACUAAGCCCUCCCACAAUUCCAGGCUUCAAUAUAUAUUACUGCUAAAGCUUGAAAUCCGUUAAUGUGCACAUUACCUAGCUAAUCUGCAGAUUAACUGAUUUGCUUCGUAAUAGUGCAGAAUUAAGAGUUUUCCGUAUUUUACCUAGGCAAUGUGCACAUUAACGGCUUCCGUAUCGUUAAAGUGCAAAAGUUUGGUUUCGCCUGUUUUUCUCAUUUCCUUACCAUACACCUUCCCCCUCUCCCUCCACUUUUACUUUGCACCCAAAUGUCGAUGAAGGUGUCACUGUGAGCAUUAAAGUACCCGAAGUAGACAGAGCAAAAACUGAUGCCCGCUCGAUUUUAGCUGUGGUUCUUAGUAAAACAGAGGAUGGCUUUUAUAAACUUGGUACUAAAACGGGUAUUUUAAAACAAUUGUAUGCAAAAUCAGAAUUCAGUGUUUGCAAAGAGAGAUUUUUUAUGAAAGAAGAUGUCCUUGAUGUGGAAGUAUCUUUACGUCAAACAGCAAUAAAACAAUCUCUGGUACUGGGCAGAGUUUCAGAAAAUGUGACUGCAAAUCUAUAUGUACCACAAAUAGGUGUGCUUGUCGCAAAAACCAAUUGCUAUGUAAUUCAAAGUGUCACCAAUCUUUAGAUUGAACUAAUAAGUAAGCAUAAUUUUAUCCUAUGUUUUGCAAAUGCAUUUCCUUAAUUGUUUGAUUCUUUCUAUUGUAGUUUUUUAAUUGAUUCUAUCAACUAACUUGAUUCUUUGUUGAUUGUUUGAUUGUAUUAACUUGAUGCUUUAGAUAGCAACAAAUAAACUAGAAAAGUUACAAUUUCUGGGGAAAUUGUGUGAAGUGUUCUUGCCUCCACCAGUAGUCUACAACUGGAGUGGGCGGAGUAACUGUUAUCAUUUAUAUAGCACAUUUAAUUGCAACGUUGUUGCACAGUUACAUUAAACCAUACAUUUAUAAAAACAUUAGCAGGUGUUCAAAAGGCCCUGUCUAUGACAUCACUUGGUGCUGCAGCCUGGCACAGGUCAGAGUAUUUUGGCGGUUGCCAUCUUCAAACGGUCGUAUUUUAAAAACUAUCAAUCCUACAAGACCCAGACCUAAAUUCUGAUGCAUAGUAUGUCUCUGAAGUAUUAAAAAUGAAGGCACAGUCGCAGUUUAGAAAUUGCACUUCAAAUUGGAGCUUUGUAGAGUGAAGUUUCAAUGAAUGUCAAUGGACGGCGUUAGUUGCAAACAAAUGAUUAUAUUGUGAAAACUAUCAGGACUAUGGCUUAGCCGUUGACAUGUUUAGUGGCAACAGGGAUAGCUGAACGUUUUGAUAUAAGAUUUGUGUAGGUGGGCCUGAAAAUAAGGGAGUGGUGGCAGUUUAGAAAUCAUGUCCUGAUUUUUCAGCUUUUGCCAGCUCCCACUCUAGCUUGCCAUUCAUUCCUAUGGGACCAAUUUGCCACAAGAACGACGAUAUUCCGUGAACCAUUCGGCGAAACGUUCCACAAAGUAAUAGCAAUCCGAUCGGGAGCAAUCUGCACGUUUUGGUAAAUUUUUGUCUAUGUAGUGUAAAAACUGUGGGAGGAGUUAGGGUGGCAAAUUUUGCUAUAAUAAUAAUAAUAAUAAUAUAUAUGUGAGAUAACAUUAAGUGGUCUUGCUAUGCAAGAACACUUAAUAAUAAUAAUAUAUAUGUGAGAUAACAUUAAGUGGUCUUGCUAUGCAAGAACACUUAAUAAUAAUAAUAAUAAUAAUAUAUAUAUGUGAGAUAACAUUAAGUGGUCUUGCUAUGCAAGAACACUUAAUAAUAUAUAUGUGAGAUAACAUUAAGUGGUCUUGCUAUGCAAGAACACUUAAUAAAUAAAUUGAUUCUCGUUUGAUUGUAUUAACUUGAUUAUUCACUUUAACGAGUGCCUAGUAGGUAAUGUGCAGAUUACCUAGGUAAUUUGAGAAAUAUUUGAAAAACGUAAGAAUUUUUGGCACUUUAACCGAUCACCCCAGUUAUUCUGCAGAAUAACUGAUUUCUGCACUUUAGCGGUAACAUAUAUAGACAUAAAUAAAUAAAAUUUUUAACGUUUUUCUUUAAAUCUGUUAACUUGCCAACAAUUCUGCUGCACAAUAUAUACAUGAAUUUUAAUUUACUAUUGAAUUAAAUCAAGUUGUGUUUACAAUGACAUGAAUUCUUUAACAUGUGGGCAUCGCAAAUGCUAUGUUUAUGAGAAAAAUAAUAUAAACCACUCCUUUCCUACUAAAAUCAUUAUGUAAAUUACUUGUUGAUCUAGAAAAAGUGCUAGCAGUCUCUUCUCAUUCAUCUGAUGUCCUACAACACCCAUCACAUUUUGCCCAUUAUCAUUAUUGCACACAGGCAAGUGGAGGAUCAUGCGAGUUUAUACAGUGUCCACUUGUUGACCAUAUAUAAGGUCAAGAUAAAAUUAAAACAUUUUUAUAUUACCUUUUCUAAAAAUAAUAAAGGCUGAAUGUUGUGAAUCUCUUCUUAUGUUGCAUUAACAUUCCAAUUGUAAUUGUAUUUAAUAAUGACCUAUUUUAUAUUUCUUCUCGCUUUCCAAGGUCGGCCUUAUUACCCAGGACAAAAAAUAUCAAAAUACAGAAAUAUACAUCAGGAGGGUAAUGACAAUGAUCAGAAUAUUGUUGCAGAUUAUUUUUACAGCUGUAAUGUAGUUCAAGUAGCUCUUGAAUAUGUCCUUCAGUAAAUUGUAUUUUACAAUAUUUCCUUAAUAUGGUUCUUCUUGUAUUUUGACAGAAAUGUGUGUAACCAAAGCGCACAUAUUCAAUGUUCAAUUGACUCUACUGAGCAUUGAAGGAUAUAAAUGUUGUUUUAAGUUUUUCUCCUUUUUACACGUUCCAUGUAGUUUUUGAAUCACAUCUAGUCUACUUAUAGGGUCAGGAACACAAACCUGUAUUUCUGACCCUAUAGUGCUAACCCCCCCUCCCCCCCACAUCCCCUUAGCCCACCUAUAAAAGUAUAAAACUCCUCUUAUUUCCAGCACUACGUGGGUCUGCUGGCUCUGGCUCCGCCCCCUUUGUGACAUCAUCAAAAUUGCUGAUUUUUAGCUAAACCAAAGCAUUGGUUUGGUUAAAAUCGGCACGGGUGUGGGGCCAAAUGCCAUUUUGGCCAAUCAGGACCUCUUCAUAGAGAUGUAUUGAAUCAAUGCAUCUCUACGAGGAGAAUUCAGCGUUCCCAUGCAGAGCGUGGGGACGCUAAAUGGCAGCGCUGCUUACUGUGCAGCCCUGAGCCAGGAAGCCCCUCCAGUGGCCAUCUGAGGAGUGGCCACUUGGAGGUGUCCUUAGGGGCAAUGUAAACACUACCUUUUCUCUUAUGUGUGCAAACUAAUUAAUUCUACCUGUGAAUGAUAUAGAAGGCCCAAAGUUGGAUAAGAAAUAUGUCACUUCCUACAUGGCAUUGUGGGCGCUAGAGGAAGAUGUGAACCUACUGAUUUCAAUGAUAUUGUUUAUUUACAUCCUUUUUGGCUAUAAUGAAUAAAAUGGGUAACAAACGACCCUGUAGUGACCCUAAACCACUGAAUUUUACAUAAUACUUGGAAACAGCACUGCCAUGUUGGUUGAAAGGUUACUCCAAGCAUCAUAACUACUACAGUCUGCUGUAUCUUGUUAUGCCAGGAGUACCCUGUACUAGCUCCCUAGUAACAGGGCAAACCACUUAGCCCCAAAGUUAGAUCUUUUACCUGGGUGCCACCAAACUACACCAAGUUAAGGCUGAGCCUAUUGCCAUGUGGGCUGCCUCUGAUCCAGCCUCUUUCUCUCCUCCUGUAAUGACAGGGUUUUUUUUUUUUUGUAAUUGACAGAUGGCAACUAUACAGAAAAUUAGAUUAUUUUUUAAGUAGAAAUCAGUGUAGUCCACUAGUUACCACUAGAUGCUGGGCAAUACAUUGCAGUUAGUUGUUCUGAAGAUGCAGCAUUGAAAGCAUUUACAGAUUGAGUGAGAGUUUCAAAUUGUGAUUGUUUUCUCAAUUACAAUCUACUUGAAGAUACAUUUCUAUGUGUUCCUGUGUGUUUUCCGUGAGAUGAUCAGCCAUUUGCCUGACACUUUUUACUAUGAUUUUCAUUUUAAGAUCGACAUUCGCGUAAAAGAAGCCAUUCACCAAAUUAUGACGAUCUUGAUUAUGACGACUGCCAUGCAGAGCUUCCUUCAUCUUUUUAUAAUCAUUAUCCCUCUACAUCCUAUUCAGGUAACUCUAUGAAAAAUUUAAAAAUGCCAUCUUCAUUAAUAGUUUCUGUUUAUUUAUGUUGUGUGUUAGAAUAAUAAAAGUGUAGCGCAUUGCUGAAAUUGAAAAAGAUGUUACCAGCGAUAAUGAAUGGUAGUCACUAGUAACAAAAUAUGUGCUUUUAAUGUUUUUCCUAGUACAGGAAUAAGAAUUUCCACACAUAUAAAAUAUCAUGCAGGUGAAGUAAAGGUGAAUAAAAAAAAUUUAAGUGCAUGUUACAGUUAAUGAAUUGCCAAUGGUGGCCAAAACUUUUCAAACAGAUACAUGUAGAACAGAGAAAGGAAUAGGGGUAACAAUUCCUGUUGCCUCAUGCAUCUUCACACCAUAUGUCAUUCUGGACACUGCAGCCAUUUCCUCCAAGCAGAAUGUGCGGGUUCGUCAUAAUCCUGGAGCAGAUUCUUAAAUGUCAUUCCUGCAUCAACCUUUGGCAAUUCAACUAAUUUGUUAUUUUGCUUGGGGGUCCUGAGUGCCAAUUACCAUCUGGGGUUAAUCUGUUUUAAAACCUUAAAGUGCUGGUCACAACUCUUGCCUCCUGGGCCCCUGGCUUCUCCUUUGGCCCAGUUUGACCAAUGUCUUUUCAUAGGUGCCAGUGAUAGAAUGAUAUGUAUGUAUAUGCUGGCUACAUUACUAGUGCGCCAAUGUUACAACUGAGUGGCCUCAGUCACUCCAUUCCCAUGUUCUAUCCAGCAACAGAAUUUCCAGCAAAGAGAAUUUCAUUUUCAUUUUUACUAUAUAUAUAUAUAUAUAUAUAUAUAUAUAUAUAUAUGUGAAUUUUAAUUUACUAUUGAAUUUAAGUUGUGUUCAUCGUGAUAGAUACACUAUGGACAUUGCAAAUUCUAUGUUUAUAAGAUAAAUAAUAUAAACCUACUAAAAUAAUUAUGUGAGUUACUUGUUGCUCAAGAAAAAGUGCUAGCAAGCUGUGCUCAUUCAGCUGAUGUUCUACGACUCCCAUUACGUUUUGGCCAUAAUCAUUCUGGCACGCCGGCAAGUGGAGUAUAAUGCGAGUUCAUACUUAAAUGUCUAUUUGUUGACCGUGUAUAAGGUUAAGAUAAAACUGAAACAUGCUUUUAUUUCCUUUUCUAAAAAGUAAAAAUAAAGGCUGAAUGUUGUGAAUCUCUUCUAAUGUUGCACAUCAACAUUCCAGUUGUCAUGGUAUGUAAUAAUGACCCAUUUUAUGUCUUCUCUUUUCCCAAGGUCGGCCUUAUUACAAAAGACGUAAAAUAUCGAAACACAGAAAUAUCCAUCAUAAAGGUAAUGACAAUGAUCAGAAUAUUGUUUCAGAUUAUUUUUACAACUGUAAUGUAGUUCAAGUAGCCCUUGAAUAUGUGUCCUUCAGUAAAUUGUAUUUUACAAUAUUUCCUUCAAAAUGUGUGUAACCAAAGCGUACAUAUUCAAUAUUCAAUUGUCUCUAGUGAGCAUUGUAGGGUAUAAAUGCUUUUACAUUUUUCUCCUUUUUGCAUAUUCCAAGUAGAGUUAAAAUCACACGUGACCUAGUGCUUAAAUAAUUUUUCAUUUGCAUUCAAAUAUUAAAUAAAAUAGAAAACUCUUGCCCUACAGGUCUGCUUCUCUAUUUUUUUUUCUUUCUAUGAGCAAGUGAUGAGACACCAAGAAUAGAACAAAGUGUACUGCUGAAAAUUAAAAAAAACUCAAUUUCAGGGCACAAAUAUCCCACUAUACACACACUAUCCCCCAACGACCCUGCCUAACGAGGGACUGCAUGGAGUUUGAAACCCUAUGCUGACAAGACAGGACUCCUCCAUAGGCAAUAUCCCUGAUCUGCAAUUUGCUAGCAACGAGUCGAUAUCUCCUAGCCCCACCAUGCAUCAGGCGCUGGGAAGAAGACCUCGAAGACACACUCACAGAUGCAGACUGGGAUAAGAUCACCACACAUAUCCGAAAGACCCCAGGGUCGGCCAGACUUCAAGAAAACGCAUACAAAGUCUUCACGGGAUGGUACAUCACCCCCAUCGCCCUGUACGCCUGGGGUGAUUCGGUGCCGCCGCCUGCUGGCGAUGCGGAGAGGAAGACGGAACCUUCCUCCACAUUUGGUGGGACUGUGCCCUCAUCUGACCAUUCUAGGAAACAAUAGGCCAAGUCAUUUACGCAGUGAUUGAUGACACCCCGCCACUGACACCAGCCUUCUUCCUCUUGCACCACAUGACUACACCCACACCGGCGUAUAAAAGAUAUGUGGUGCCGAGACUCCUUAAUGCGGCAAAAGCAACCGUCCCCAUAUUCUGGAAACAACCACGCACCCCCCCACUCCGACAUUGGGUGGAAGAGAUGGAAGACACAAGAAAAUUUGAGGACCUGAAAGCUACCACGGCAACAGACAAAGAAAAAACACAUGACAAGAUGGUUCCACUGGUUACGGUACAUCGCCACAGACCAGUUUCUACAAUGCCUGAACACACCUUAAGACCAGGCCAUACGAACACAGGACACCUGCUCCUGGGAUGGCCCCCACCCCAUAAUAUAUAUAUUUUUUUAUUAUUUAUUUACCAUUUACUGGCUGGCCGAUACCACAUGAGGCUGGAGUGGAUGUACAUGUCCACAUGGCAACCCACAGACACACAUAUAAAACGUACCGCUGCUGCUCAGCAGCCACACUAACCAUGCAUAGACCAAGCACGGACCGACCCACAACACGAACCCGGCACACAUUACAAACCUUGGCCCGACCUGACAACGGAUCUUGACACGGGGCGUGGGUCAACGCAGAUACGAUAUGCUGACCCGGGCUUUACCAGCACUUGACAACACAAUGUCCACGUCUGCACAACGCAUGCUUGAUACUUUACUCAACCUGCUCCGGUCACACAAAACGGAGUUACCAUUUGAGCCUCCGAGAAGGCGCCACAUACUGGCCACAGUGUCAUGCUCAAAGCCUGUACCCAUAAAACAACGACAAUAAGGCUCAUCUGUACCAACCCACGGAGGAGGGGGGUGGGGGGGGGGCAAAAAUCAACAAGCAAAGGAGAAAAUGGUAAUCGAUAAUGUUACCCAUCCUGCUUAUGACAUAUGCUCUUGUAUAUUUUUCUUGCAUUCACAUAUGCCUUCAUACAAAUAUAGGAACUUGCUGUUGAGGGUUGGGCGGGCACAAGCUCUCGCCUAAUCUCUGCUCAGGGAACCUCAGAUAGUGAUUCCCACAACACCACCACCAGCUAAUUUACAAUUGGUAAGGGCACAAUGCUCACCCUGUUACUGCUAUCCUGAAACUGUUAAUUUGUACCCUUGUUAUGCUUGAUAGCUAUUAUACAAAGCUUUCACACAGUUAAGCUAAGCCUCUGCGUAGGCGAAUUCAUCUCCAAUGUCAUUAAUGUACCUGUCUUUAUGCUAUGCUUUAAAAUAAAAACCAUUUAAAACAAAAACCUAAAUUUCUAGUGAAUGAAAAACUUCCAGUUGCAAAUGGUUCUCAAAUUAUUUUCAAGUGAAUGACUAGCUGCUCACAGUUGUCAUCUACAUGAACAAUGUUUUAUCAUUUGCUUAAAUUAAUAAUUUCUUAGCUUGUACACAUGUGACAUCUUAUAUGUGCAUACUAAUUAAUUAUACCUUUUAAACGAUAUAGAAGGGCCAGGAUUGGGUGAGAUAUAUGUAAUUUCCUGUGGGAAAUCCUGUGAUAUUGUUUUUCAAAGUGAAAUGCUGUACAUACAUAUUCCAGGCUUCAUGACCAAUUCACAUCACUGAAGUUGUAAUGGUGCUUAGACCAAGCAAACUUGGCUGUUCUCAGAUAGGAAUAUCCUGAGAAAUAUUACCUGUUACUGAUGCUUUAGUGUUGAAGCUAAAACAUUUCUUUAUUGAGCAUGUCCUUGACAACCUCUGGUAAUAGUGAGCAUACCUAGCCAAUUAUGCUAUACUCCAAUUUUGUUACAGUAACUGGUACAAUUCUAGGACUUGUUCCCUAACCGCUGGAGAACCAAACAUUAGUUACAUCUGGUAGCUAGUUGAAAUUUUUUUAUUUAUUUUUUCUCAGUUUGUGCUAUUCUAGCAUUAUGCUACAGUGACAUGAAAUUGUUUUGCUGGCUAUUUUUCCACUUAGUAAUUGUCUGUAACUGUAUACUUUUUAUCUUACACAAGUUUCAAGUGACCACGAAAGAAGCCACUCACCCAGUACUAAAUUUGACUCUGAAGAUGAAUCUGUUCUUGCUGCUUCUUGUGAUUCCUCAGACGAUAAUGCUUCAUGUAGUACAGGUAUUUCUAUAAAGAUAAUUUAGUUAUUCUCUGGGGCAAAAAGUACAACUGUAAUUAUCAUUCUAUAAUCCAUAUAGCAUUUAAAGCUUAGAAUUGUUUCUUGCAUGAGCUCAAAAAUGUACUUCAGUCACGUAUAUGCCUGAAAACACUAUCCCUGUAAAAAGCCCAGCUUGAAGAACUGGGUAUACUGCUGCUCUAGAAAAAACUACAAUGAUAGCUAUACAGGCUAAAGUAAGAAUUCUUGUUUUAAAAAACAAACAAAAAGGACUAAUGCUGCAAGGAGGGAGGGGGAAGAGAGCACAGUGUGGGUGCAAGGGCAAGAUUUUCAUGUCUGUUGUCAGCAUGCAGUGUGCAUUGACAACAGAUUUAAUUUAUGCAUAGAAAUGACCUUAGGCAACCCUGAACAGAGUUCUGGGUUGCCAAUGUCACGUGUGCUGGGGGUGCAGCUAAGACCCAGCACCCAAUUAAAAAUAUCUAUGUAUGUGCAGUAUUUCAAGCUGAAACAUGCAUUUCUAAGCAAUGGUGCUGACUGAAGAGUCCAAAAUGUAUACAAAAUACAGAUUAAGGAACAGCGCACACACGAGAAUAGUUUUUUAUUUUACAAGGCUACUUAAAAUCACCUGUACUAAAUCAAAUGAAGUAUGGUGUAUUUAAUUAAUCUGUUGUAAGAGCAUUGUGAAUGUAUAUAAUGCAAAAUUAAUUAGAUUUAAAAAAUCUCACAAUGCAUAUAAUAUAGUUGCUAUCAUAUAUACAUACACUUAAUGCAUAUCUUACAUCUGCUCUAUAAUAAAUGAAAAUUAUAAUUAAAGUUACAUUGCUAUCCAAAGCCAACUUAAAUUUAUACUUUCCUGUGGUCACCCCCAAAGGGGCAUCUGAAGCUUGGGGGCACAGUCCAAAAGGAAUCUGGUUUGGACUCGAAACCUACAUAGUAAAUAAAAAUAAAAAUAUCAAAAAAAGGAAGGCUUUGGAUAGCAAUGUCACUUUAAUUAUAAUUGUCAUUUGAUAUAGAGCAGAUAUACGAUAUGCAUUAUGAGUAUAUACAUACAAGCACUAUCACUUUAAUUUAGUUUUGACACUGUAUUUUUUAAUUUCUUGUUAAAUUGAGUUAAUCACAUUUAUUUUGCAUCAUAUAUAUUCACAAUGCUCUUACACACAGAUUAUUUAAAUACACUUCAGCUUAUUUAGCUCUAGCACAAUUUGAUUUGUCUCCCUUGUUGGAAUUGGUGUAGGACCAAUCGAUACUGGGGUGCACAGUGGAUUAACACAAUAUGGCCAUAUGGUGGAAAUGUAUCCCCAUGUUCGCUUGCUGAGAGGUGAUUUUAUUAUUAUUAUUAUGAUAUUUAUAGAGCGCCGUCAAAUUCCGCAGCGCUUUACAAUGAUUUCAAGUAGUCUUGUAAGAAUUAUAAAACUGUAUUUUUGUGCACUCUUUUCCGUAAUCUGUAUCGUGUUAUAGUAAGACAAAACAGUGUGCCAGAAAAUCAUUUGUAAGAAAGUAACUACAAGGGAUCUUUUGCACUGUUCUAAUAUUUUCUACGCUAUAAAGUAUGCCAUAUAUCCUGAAGAACUGAUUGCUUUCAAAUCUUUAGACUAGCUUCUCCUCUUCCGACAGUCCCAUUACUUGCAUUGAUAUAAAUAUAGUGGCACAUGUUUUCCCUUGCUCAUAUAAGUGGAAGCAAUCUGAUGGUGUGCUCUUUGUGUGCCUGCAAAGAGCAUAGCUUGCAGAACACAAAUUAGGAGCAACUCCUUAUGUGAAGUACACCCAUAAUUUACUCCAUUGAAACCCAUGUUGGGGGCAUUGCACAUGCUGUGUAUUUUAUAGUCAUCUGUUCAACACAGUAUCUGAAAUUAAAGAUGUCCUGCAAAUAAAGGACAUGGACUACAAUGAAAUAUUGAUUUAUUUCUCUGUUACAUAAAAUAUUUGCACUGACAAUUAAUUUAAAUAAAACAAACGUUCCAGUUCAAGACUAGUUUUCGUAUGCUUAACUUUAUGGGAUUUUCUUGUAAUUUUCUCCUAGGAAAGGAAUCCAAAGAGAAACCAAAUGAGUAAGUACAAAAUACUUGAGAGAUUAGCUCUAAACUAGCGCUUUUGUGCAUUCAGGCAGUACACCAUCAACUCUCCACAAAUUUCUCUGAACAACUGCAAAAAGACAGGAUAAUAGUGUUGUAUCCUUUAUAUGGCUACCCUAAUAUUGAAGCAAAAAAGGAACUUGCACAAUAUCAAUAUAAGGGUGGUACAUACCCUCUUGAUGCAGCACAAUAAGCCUGGAUCUGUAAUCACAUAAACAAACAAAUAUUUUUAAAACGUACAAAAAUAAAAUAAAAACAGCAAGCUAAAGUCCUUAGGUUUGAUUCUAGGAUGUGUUUCGCCUGUAGUGGGCUUUUUCUUUUUUUUUUUUUUUUAUUCUUUUUUUUUCGUGCAUAGGUUAUACAUGUAACAGUUUUCUAGCGAUGCCACAACAGCUAUCGCCAGGGUUUGAGUAGACAUGUAAAUACAAUUGUAUGGCAGGAAUAACUUUGCACAUUUUUAUAUAUAUGUAUGAGAAGAGUGGUUAGUGGUAUAGUACUGUUCCAGCGUGAGUGUGAGUGAUUAUGUCCAGAUAGAGAUCUUCAGGUUAGGGUGCAAGGGCUAGUGUGCAUGUUGACCAUCAGGUUAGUAUUUUGUUAGGUAUAUACAUGCGUUUAAGUGUUAUCAGCCCUGGCCGCUCGAUAGAGUAGUGCCUGUCCAAACUGUGGGCCGGUUUUGCUUUGAAAAUCACACUGCCCAGUCGCCUACUUCUAGGUGUACGUGUCCCGUGUUUCAUCUACACUUGAUGUAAUCUAUGCUUCAGUCGACACCUAGCGCGUCCCAACCGAAUUUAGCGGCAGCAAUCUGGAGAAUCUCCAGCCAACCCGCGCAUCCACCCCCAGCAGUCCCAUGAAUACAAGUUGUUUGCUCAUGGAUAGUUAUGGGACAGGAGUGUUGCGGGCGAACUGGCCCCUCCAAAUCACGUAAGCCACCCAGUCCAGGCUGUGAACUAUGUGCUCCAGACUUAUUAUGCCUAAGACUUAUAACUUAUUUUUAGUUUCAGAGUGCCAGAUCUAUCUGUGGUGUUAUUAAGUGGUCUGUGGUGUCAGUCGGUUAGUUGUGAGAGUAUCUUGUCAGGGGGCCUUAUCCGUGGUCCGUUUGAGUUACUCUCGAGGGGUAUUAGCCCUAACCUAGGGGCUGUCGGGGGGGGGAGUUAUGUUCUGUAUGGUAGUGCAUAUUCCUUUAGCGCACUGCUAUUCCAGCGCCGUCCCUGACAGGCUCUCAGCGCGUCAUAUGGGUAUUAGAGCGUCAGAUUAACUUGCUCAUUAUCAACAAAGCUUGAGUGGCAGAAAGUGAAAGGGUAUAUGAGAAAAACACAAGAAAAUACAUUUUGCAGUUUUUAGCCUUUGAGCGGGAUGGAGUAGGAGACUUCUCCCCUCAUUCCCGUCAUGUGGCGUGAGUGUCCCUUCUCCGUGUCCUCGGGGUGAACGGCUCUAUCGUCUCUGGGUCCCAGGCAUGGGUGGCGUUCUGGGCGUGCUCGGUCGGCAGACCCAAUUUUGGUAGUAGCGCGGCAGCAUCGGGACCUGUAGCGAUUUUGUACGUGUUUCCUCGAUGUGUAACCAGGAGGUGGCGUGGGUGUCCCCACCGAUAUGAUACGCCCGCUGAACGUAGCUGGCUGGUGAAGUCGCAGAGGGUUCUUCUCCAUUGGAGAGUGGCUCUGGUUAAGUCCUGGUAAAAAGUCAAUUGAGACUCCUCGAAGUUGAGCGGUGUCUUGCCCUUGAGUGCCGACAUUAUGUGCCCCCUAUCCUGGGGAAGGAUGCAGCGGACUAUGACGUCUCCUGCCAGGAGUGUUGGUGCCCUUGUCGGGGUGGGUAGUCGGUAUAUUCCGGCAAAGGUGAGUUUCUUUGCCACCGCAGGAGGAAGUAUAGCUUGCGUGAGCCGUCUCACGUAGUGAGGUAGGUCCUCUUUGGAGACUGUGACAGGGAUACCUCGGAUUUUUAUGUUAUUGCGUCUAUGUUUGUCUUCUUGGGCUGCUAGUUGGACCUCGAAGUUUUGUUGAUUGUGUUGAAGUUGUAUGAGGGAGUCUUGAAGCGAGGUGAUGUCUUUUUGGAUCCCCUGCACUUCUCUCUCAGUGUGUACUACUUUUUCAGUGAUUUGUUGCAUGCUUGUUUUAAGGGCAGGUAAAUCUGCAGCCAGCAGGCUUUGGAUUUCUUGCAGCAUAAUUUGCAUGUGCUGCAGGUCCUGUUUAGUGGCCGGUUCAGUGGUACCCUGCUGGGGUGUGGGUUGUAGCCGUGGAACCCCCUGUGUGCUUUGCUCCCUUAAGUCAGACUCUUGUGGGGAGUCUGGGCCUUGUGCGGCCGCCAUUUUGGCGGGUGUUUGCCUCUGGAGCAUUGUGCUUAUAUCGGGCUGAGCUGUACCUGGUUGAGGUUUCUGGGAUCUGCGUCCCAUCCCUGAGGUUCCGUGUUCGGAGCUGUGCUGGGACGUGUCCCACUCGUCUUCUAGGAAGUCCCCGCCUAACAGGUAAUCCAGGCCGUGAUGGGCUGAUGGAAGGUAGGCCCGUGCUCUGUGUUUUGAUUUUGCCUGCUUCGGGGUGUACCGGAAGGGCAUCGGAAGAAUCCGGGGGAUCUCCCCCGUGCUAUGCCGGUGUUCUUGUGGCUGGAUGUCAGGGUUGUGGGCUGAUAUUGAGCGGGUUAGGUCCGUAGAUGUCGGAGCCCGCAGAAAUGGCGUCUGACCCGUCUCGUGUCCAGGCUCCGCCCCCUGUAGUGGGCUUUUUCAACAGGAAUAUUGCCUUAACAAGGAAGCACAUAGAUUUAAAACUAAUCACUUGGAGCAGGUGAUUAUUCAAGUUAUAAAAGUUCACUACAGGUGAAACCUGAGGACUUCAGCUUGCUGCUUUUAUUUCAUUUUUAUAGAUGAUGUAAGUUUUUCAUAAAUGUUUGUUUAUGUGAUUAUAUUUAAGUCCUGUGGCUGCAAUGCCUUCACGGAUCCUGAAUGCACAAAAGUUUAGAGCCAACAUAUACUCUUGCAUAUGUGACUGUAAUAUCUCACUGCCUUGUUUUACACGUGUUUUAACAAAUCACUGCCCUUUAGCAGUUAACUCCCUUCUGCAGCCCUAGGCACACUUCCCUACAUGUAUUGUGCACAGCCUUCCAUAACACUUCCUGCAAAGUGAGAAAUAAUCUUUACACUUACUUUAUUGCACAGUCUGUUUAAUUUAGAUUCUCUUAUCUCUUGCACUGCUAGACCUUGUAGGACUCUCCCCCGUGCGAUUUAAAGAUACAUUUACAGAGCAGUAAAUACAAAAAAAAAAACUAGGAAGACAAACCAGCCCCACAGCAAAAAAUAAAAACUAGGAAGACAAACCAGCCCCACGGGAAUUAACUCUUAUGUCAAAAUCAAUAUGGGGUAAUAAACUUUUAUUAAGAGAAAAUACAUACAAGACAAGCAAAGUGUUCGUGCAAAAAAAUUGUGAUCAAGCUAUAUAUGUGUAUAAAAUGAUAGUUGGGAGACUCCUAGAUCUGUUCCACAGGUACUCACUUUAUAACUGUGAACUCCACAAACUACAAAUGUAGCAGUUCAGUACAAAUAAUUAGACUGAUUUGAUACAAAGGUGGCAGACCGCUUUCUGUAGUGUCCUGUUUAAAUGGGUAGAUAGUGAGCAAGUAUCUAUUAGUGCUGACUAAACCACCCCCUGCUGCUUCGAGGCAGCCCCCUUAAAUAGAUGGAAUCAGAAUCUAUCAGGUAACGCAGUCAUCCUAAUUAACUAUCAGAGUAAAAUCAAAGUACAAGCAUUGGUAGCCCGACGUGCGUUUCGGUAAAAUCAGCCUUUCUCAAGAACUAAACCGGCAUCCACAAAAGGUAAAUUUUUAAUGGUGGGUAAGUCCCACCUAUAGCAGGAAGAGGCCAAUGGCAAGAGUUUUUGUAAUGAUAUUGGCAGAGUUCUUGUGAUGACGUUGGCGGGGUUCAUUCCAGAGAGAAGAUGACACAAUUCAUGUCCGUGCACGUGCACAGUCAUGGUGUAUGUCCCGAGAUCAGACACCCUGUUUCUAGGGUUUCCCUUACUAAUAAAAGACUGCUUAUAGAUAUCGAGCUCUUUUUUUUAUAUAUAUAUAUUUAUUUUCUUAAGUCAUGCAUUGCUAGUAAUGUUACUGCAUCUAUUGCAAUUGUAAGUAUUUAAAUCUUUCUUACCAAAAGAAUUUGUUCAAUUCAGAAAGAAAGUCGCAUUUGAAAAUGUUGCUUAUAAAGGCAGCCUGAAAGUUUUAUUUUUCUUGAUAUAAGCUUGUUUAAUUUUUUUAAAUUUUAUUUUUUUAAACCCUACAUAGUGACCAGACUGAGCCAUGUCCAUCGGAAAGAAGUCUUGGGGAGGUGAGGAAAUCAUAUUUUGCUCUGUAAAUAAUUUAUUUUCUUAUUCUUGAAUAAUUGCAUAUUAACUGCAUACUGUAUAAUAUUUGCUAUGUCCCUGAUGUAGUUUUAAAAUCAUGUUCUUGUAUUUUCUCCUUGAGAUUGUGGGAUUAUAUUGUCUUGUUUUCUAAAAGACAAUAUAAUAUAUCUGAAUAUCUUUACACAUUUCUACACAUGAACACAACUGAACGAACUAGUGUGUCUGUCUUUCUAGUUCAACUUGUGCUUAUCUGAAGAGAUCCUAAAAGCAUAGGGUGCAGCUUAGAGAAUAUGCCGCUAAAUAUUAAAUUUAACUCACAAAGCAACACUUACCUAACUCUUUUUCUCCAGUGUAAUAUUUUUUUACCUUGCUGAGAAUUUACUGUUAGUCAUUUUGUCCUCCUGCAUCUCUGCAAAUGGACUAUAAAUGUCAUCUCUUCUCCCAGACUCUACAGCACCUUCACAGUCAGUCUCCACAUAUUUUUUUCAAUGGGAUGCCAGGUGUGGGACUCUGACAAUAGAAUGAUUAUUAGCAUUAUUAUUGAGGGCCUUAUCCAGUUGUUUGAUCUGCAUUCUACUACUCAUCCAUUAAAUGUGCUCUCUAGUCCUACUCCUCAAAUGUACCCCCUUUUAACUACCUCUAAAGAGGCAGUGUUCAUAUUAAAGUGUUGGUCAAUAAAAAUGACUGCAUGUUGUGUACCCAUUUACCAAUAGUUCUAUCAAUUGGUCCAAAUGAGCAUUUCAUUCAUUAUAAAUGUGUGGAUUUCAAGAAAAAUCAGGUGCUAAGUUGCACCUCUCUAGCUGUCAAACAGCUUAGAUGUUGAUGCUAGUUAUUGCUUAUUGCUUCUGUGCAAGUGGAAGGCAAUGCUUCUCAUAGAGGAGGCGUGCAGACAAAGUGCUGCGGAUGUUAUACAUGCUUCUGUAAGAUAAUGCAGUGUAUUAGCUUGCAGAGCAUCAGUACUGAUAAUCUCUUUGUGUGAGGAGUUGAGUUACAGUGAAGAGAUAGUCUUGCUGCUGUUUUACAUGUAGGUUAACACUUUAUUUAUGGGAGCAGGUUGUACCAAAUAAUCUAGCUCAAGCAUGUCAAACUUGCGGGGAGCAUGCGACCCACAAUGAUUAUCUUUUUGGCACGCCUGUCCUGGGGCUGCUUUGUUCUGUGGCUGCUACUGCUUCUUGUUUGCCCUCCCAAGGCCAGUCGCUCCCUCCUACUCGCAGUGCCAGAGGAGCCUCUGGCCUGCAUAAGCAGAGAAGAGCCAGGGAUGGAACUGAAGAAGGGCGGCUCAUCUUACGGUAGGGGAAGAGGGAUUUGGAGGACCUUCCUGUGUAGUGUGUUAAAUUGGGGAGGGAGGAUGCCAGUGUAUUAAAUUGGGGGAGGAAGUGGACAGUGUAUUAGAGUGGUGGGAGGGGGGAUCAGUAUAUUAAUUUGGAGGAGAAAGGGGGACAGUGUAUUAAAUUUGGGGAGGGAGUGGUGGAUGGGGGCCAGUGUGUUAAUUUGGUGGAGGGAUGGAAGCAGUGUAUUAGAGUGGUGGGGGGUGGGCAGUGUGUUAAUUGGGGGCGGGGGCAGUGUAUUAAAUUGGGGGCAGGGAGGGCAGUGUAUUAAAUUAGAGUGGAGGGAGAAGGGGCAGUGUAUUAGAGUACACUGCCCAUUGGAGUGAUCUGGGUGCCAACUCCCACUACCCUUAACCCUGCAACUGUAAUUAUUGCGGUUUUCAUAAACUGCAAUAAUUACCUUGCAGGGCUAACUCCUCCUCUAGUGGCUGUCUACUAGACAGCCACUAGAGGGCACUUCCUGCUUCAUAGCACAGGUUUUCUGUGCUAGGGCGUCGCUGGACGUCCUCACGCUGUGUGAGGACCUCCAGCGUCGCUCAAUUCCCCAUGGGAAAGCAUUGAAAAGCAUUUUCAAUGCUUUCCUACGCGGAGCUCUAGUGCGCAUGCGCGGCAUUGCCGCACAUGCGCAUUAGGUCUCCCCGCCAGCGGGCGUAAUGAAGAGGAGGAGCGGUGGCGACCCAAAACCACCGCCGAGGGACAUGGACAGUGGGGUUUUCACCACUUCAGCAACCAGGGAUGGGUGGUGGGAGGGAGAGGGGACCUGCAGUGAAAGGAAAACGGAUUGUUUUCCUGGCACUGGAGAGUCUCUUUAAGGGGCAGUGUAUUAGAUUGGUGGAGGGGGCAGUGUAUUCAAUUAAAGGUGGGGGGGGGUCAGUGUAUAAGAGUGGUGGGAGGGGGGCAGUGUAUUUGAUUUGGGGGCAAUGUAUUAGAAUGGUCUGCUUGGAGGCGUUGAACGCCCCACAUGGAGACGCUGAUUGAGCGCACCUUUUUGCCACACAUGCACAAUAACCUCCGUAUUGGCUGAGAUCAUCCAGUUUUAUAAUCUCUGCCAAAGUUCAGAACACGCUCAUAGGACUUCACAAUAAACAAGAUAAAUGUAAUUUGUUUUUUACAGCUGUGCAACAGCAUACAUUCACAAUUUCAGUCCCAUUACCAAACUUUUCUUAAAAUGUCAAGGUAGUUGGACUGAAACAUUGGUUAUAUGCAAAUGCACGUCUCCUUAAAAUAAUUGUUUACUUUAAAGCCAUAAGUGUGAGGACAUCCAGUGUCAGGCGACUUUUUUAUACUGUAUACUGUCUAAACCUACGUUUCGAUGAAAACUGAAGUUUUAGUAUUUUUGCUGCCCACAUAGACUUAAACCUUGCUUAUUUGGCCCGUGUUAGCCUUUGUGUUUGACAUGCUUGAUUUAUCUGAAAUUGUGAACACUCCAAUGUUACAUCACUAUGGCAAACAUUGUACAUGAGAAGGAGAAAGAGCAAUACUGUUUAAUUUCUCCUCCUCUCUCUAUGCCAUUUCUAUGCUGACUACCAGCUGCAAAGGACCGGGCUUAUAACAGUGACAAACAGGGAGUUAAGAUGGAGCCCACCAGUUGCAGGAUAAAUAGAUAAGAUUUCAACAUUUUAUUUUUCACACUGCACAAAUGCAUAUUUAUUAAAUAUGGAGAUAAGUAAACAUAAUAUGAAAAAAUCUUAGGUAGUGGUGGUUCCUUUUUAAUACUUAUGGUUAAUUAUGAAUAGCUAACAAUUCUGCGAGUUGUCUUUUUGUUCAUUUACUUGUUUCUUGGCAAUCAUUUUUAUUUCUUUUUUAAUCACAGGGUAAUGAACACACAGCCAUAACAUUCAGCAAAGCAGAAGUGUUUGCUUUCUUGGUAUGUAUUUUUUAAUUUAUGUUCUCUUAUAUAAUAUGCUUUAAUUGACAUCUCUUACUUAUUAUCGCCAUUUAUAUAGCGACAACAGAUUCCAUAGCGCUUUAUAAUAUUAUGAGGGGGGUGUUUAACUAUAAAUAGGACAAUUACAAGAAAAUUUAAAAAAAAAAAAAGCUUAAAACUUUAAAAAGCUCAAAUAAACUUUCAGUCUAACAUGCAAAUGUGUAAAUAUAGCAUCUCAUCCAGUACAGUAUUGUUCAGAUUAUGAUUUUGUGACUAUUUUUUAUUUUAAGUUAUUCACACCACAUUGCUUUGAUAUUGAUCUUUUUACAUUACUGUACAGUUUUUUAAUUUGUUAAUGUAAAAGUGCUUAAUAUAUUAUGCUGCCAAAUUGUGAUUAAUAAUACAUAGUUUAUGUGUGUGUGUGUGUGUAUGUAUAUGUAUAUGUGUAUAUAUAUAUAUAUAUAUAUAUAUAUAUAUAUAUGUGUGUAUAUAUAUUAUUAUUAUGUUAUAUAUAUAUAUAUAUAUAUAUAUAUAUAUAUAUAUAUAUAUAUAUAUAUAUAUAUAUAUAUAUAUAUAUAUAUAUAUAGCACCAACAAAAUAAUUUCAGAUAGGUAAUAGGUCUGCACUCAUGGUCUUCUUCAAAUUAAUUUCUUUAUUGCAUUAAAAGGUUGUCCAGGGAGAUCAACGAUCAGGAUAUAUACUACACAAGAUCCAGCGCACUCACUCAUCCACUGAACAGCAACUUUAACCCCUUAAGGACUGAGGACGGUUCAAGUCCGUCAUCGGCAUUUUUACAUUGCCGACCAGUGACGGUCCUGAACCGUCCUAACGGUCUUAAUUACUUACCGGAUCGCUGUCGUUCCCCCGGCGGCGAUCGGCGGUGCUCCCGGUGUGGGGAGACUGCCUGCAGCCCAGACAGUCUCCCCACGGCGAAUUAGGAUCCCUGUGGCCAUGUGAUCGCUCAACACAGCGAUCACCUGGUCACAAUAGGUGUCCAUGUCUCUGCCUGCAGGGGGACUGUCUGUGCUGACAGGCAGUCUCCCUGCAUGUGUAAAAUCAUUUAAAAAAAAAUAAAGUUAAUGUUAAUUAAAAAUUUUUUAUAUAUAUAUAUAUAUAUAUAUGAUAUAUAGACAUAUAUUAUAUCUAUAUAACAUAUGUCUAUGUAUCAUGUCAUACUAAGUGUAUUUUUAAAUUAAUAUGUACAUAUAUUAAUAUAAAACACUUAUAAUUAAAUUACACAUGUGUGUAUAUAUAUAAUAUAUAUAACUAUAUAUAUUGUAAAUAUAUAUUACAAAAUACAAAUAAUAAGUAAUUUAAAUUAAAUAAAAAAAUGUAAAAAUAAUAAAAAUUUUAAAUAAAAUUGUAUCUAUAUGAAAUUUUAUUCUAACUGUAUUUUGAUAUUAAUAUAUAUAUUUAUAUCAAAAUACACUUAGAAUGAAAUUGUAUAUAUAUCUAUGUAUAUAUAAAUAAAAAUAAUACGAAAUAUACAUAUGUCCAUAUACAAAAUUACAUAAAUAAUUAUAUAAAUAUACACGUAGACUUCAAAUAUAUAAAUAUGCAUAUAUAUUUAAAUUCUAUGUGCGUAUUUAUGUAAUAUUUUUACAUAAUUAAGUAAUUUUAUUGAUUGCAAUUUGAGGGACCUGCCUGCCAACCCAGGCUGAAAGUCCAGAGAAUUUAAUUUGCUAGCACUGUAUUUUACCCUGUAAUGUUCUACGACACCCUAAAACCUGUACAUGGGGGGUACUGUUUUACUCGGGAGACUUCGCUGAACACAAAUAUUAGUGAUUCAAAACAGUAAAAUAUAUCACAGCGAUGAUAUUGUCAGUGAAAGUGACUUUUUUUGCAUUUUUCACACACAAACAACACUUUUACUGAUGAUAUAAUUGUUGUGAUACGUUUUCCUGUUUUGAAACACUAAUAUUUGUGUUCAGCAAAGUCUCCCGAGUAUAACAGUACACCCCAUGUACAGGUUUUAUAGCGUUUUUGAAAGUUACAGAGUCAAAUAAAUAGGUCAAAUAUUUUUACAUUGAAAAUGGCCAGGUUGGUUACGUUGCCUUUGAGAGCGUAUGGUAGCCCAGGAAUGAGAAUUACCCCCAUGAUGCCAUACCAUUUGCAAAAGAAGACAACCCAAGGUAUUGCAAAUGGGGUAUGUCCAGUCUUUUUUAGUAACCACCUAGUCACAAACACUGGCCAAAAUUAGCGUUCAAUUUAGUUUACUUUUUUCACACACAAACAAAUAUGAAUGCUAACUUUGGCCAGUGUUUUCGACUAAGUGGCUACUAAAAAAGACUGGACAUACCCCACAUUGAAUACUCUGGGUUGUCUAGUUUAAAAAAAAUAUGUACAUGUGGGGUGUUAUUCAGAGAUUUAUGACAGAUAAUAGUGUUACAAUGUCACUAUUGAUACAUUUUUUUAAAUGUAUGUUUUGAAACCGCAAUAUCCUACUUGUACCUAUAGCCCUAUAACGUGCAAAAAAAAAAGCACGUAAACACUGGGUAUUUUUAAACUCAGGACAAAUUUUUUUAUCUAUUUAGCAGUUUUUUUUCAUUCGCUUUUGUAGAGGAGUAAAAGAUUUUUCAAGUAAAAGUAAAAAAACAUGUAUUUUUUUUAAUUUUUCAUUAUUUUUUUUUAUUUUUUUUAAAUUAAAUUACAUGCGAUGAUAUAAAUAAUGGUAUGUAAAGAAAGCCCAUUUUGUCCUGAAAAAAAAUAAUAUAUAAUUUGUAUGGGAACAGUAAAUGAGAGAGCAGAAAAUUACAGCUAAACACAAACACCACAAAAGUAUGAAUAAAUGCCUGGUCGCAAAUGUACAUCAUCACAAAAACAGUCCGGUCCUUAAGGGGUUAAAGCUCACAGAUUUAGAUUUCUUAGUAAUCUCGGCAUAAUGGGGGUUUAGUUACAGUAAAUGAUCAUACAUUGCAUAAUCCUGCCACAACGCCAAUGUAUGCCAUUCUUGCAAAUUUUUCUGGCAGGCUAAUGCAAUCUAUGAUCAUAGAUUGUAACUAAACCCCCAUUAAUUUUGCCUAGGUGUGGUGUUUUGAAAUUAAACUAUUACAUUCUGUGCAACUUGAAAUUGCUGUUUAGUAAAUAAGUGAGUGCACUGGAUCUUGUGCUUGCGUUCGUUCACUCUCACAUGAACUCACACAGGGGUAUUCACUAAAGUCCAAAUCGCCCCGAACCAAAUGUGAUAAAACCAUCAGGCUGCAUAUCGGCACAUUUUGACUGCAAAAUCUGGAUAUUGUUGAUGGGAUUCAUCAGUGUCCAGAUUUUGUAAAUUAGGCACUGAACUCUCUUGUCUUUCUUUCCCCCCUCCCUCUCUUGUCUUUCUUUCCCCCUCCCUCUCUUGUCUUUCUUUCCCCCCCCCUCUCUUGUCUUUCUCUCCCCACUCCCUCUCUUGUCUUUCUCUUCCCCUUCCCUCUCUUGUCUUUCUCUUCCCCUUCCCUCUCUUGUCUCUCUCUUCCCCUUCCCUCUCUUGUCUCUCUCUCUCCCCUUCCCUCUCUUGUCUCUCUCUCUCUCCCCCUCCCUCUCUUGUUUCUCUCUCCCCCCUCCCUCUCUUGACUCUCUCCCCACCCCUCUCUUGUCUCUCUCUUCUCCCCCUCCAUCUCUUGUCUAGCUCUCUCUGAACCCCUCCCCGCACUUGCUGUCAGUUCGGCCAGGUGCAGGAGAAGGAUGCUCCUGUACCGCGGACCGGAGCAGAGCUCGGCCACGCUACACUGAGGGAUUGACAGGAAGGAGCGCUUUGCGCUUUCCUCCUGCCGAUCCCUAUUUUCUUUUGCGCCCGGGCCGGUGUGCCCGGUCCGGACAGAGCUGCAGCCGCCUGAAGUUCUCUAUAGAGCACUCAAGCGGCUGCAGCAUGAGGGGCCAGCGCUCCUGGUGGCGCCCCUUCCUAAACAGCACCCUAGGCGACUGCCUAAGUCGCCCAUAGGAAGCGCCGGCCCUGCAGAUAUCUUUGCAGGGCGGUUUAUAGAUGGAGAGCAGACCUGCUCAGUAAAGAUCAUGGAUGGGAACACUUGGGGAUAUAGAAAUAAAUGUUGCUGUAUAUUUAGAUUUAUUUCUUAAUUGUGACUGCAUGAAUGACUGUGUAUGACGGUGUCUGUAUGACCGUACCUGAAUGUUUGUGCCUGUAUGACUGUAUAUGCCAGUGUCUGUAUAUCUGUGUAUGUCAGUGCCUGUAUGACUGUAUCUCAAUGUCUGUGCCGGUGUGUCUGUGAAUGUCAGUGUUUGUAUGUAUGUCUCUGUAUGACUGUGUCUGUAUGUCUGUGUAUGUCAGUGUCUGUAUGACCGUAUCUGAAUGUUUGAGGAAUGUCCGAUACCAGGACCCGUAAACCAGGAGGUAGAGGUUGUGCUGGGGUCGUGCUGAGAUCGCAGUAAGGCAAUUAAGUGGUGAAAAAAUGAAUACGGUCUACGCGUUUUGUCUGCAGAUCAGACUUUCUCAAGACUGGUGUUCAUCACAACAAAGAUCAGCUUAUAUACCCAUUACUUAAUAGAUUAAUUGAUAUCAUACAAUGCAUUACUAAUAGGACUGUUGAUUUUAAUCAUAUGCUGUAUAGCGAAUUCAUUUCAAAACAGUAAAUAAACAUUAGGAGGAUAUUCCUCAAUAAUAAACUAUAGAUAAUAAACUAAAAAAAUAUAUAACAUUAAAAAUCAAAUAAACAUAACCUCGUAGGCAAAUAGACCAUAAUAGUAGAGGCAACUAUGGACUAAUAAACUAUGGACUAAUCAAGUGACCAAAUAUACAGGCCUAAUUGACAUAGCAAUUUGAAUAAGUUAAUACAUGAAAAAUAAAACAAAUGAGGAAAAUGAGGCUAUCUGGGGGGGGGACGGGGACGGGACAGGAACACACAAAGGGGCUGUGGAGAGUAAGAGACACACAAAGGGGCUGGUGGGAAAGUAAGAGACAAAAAAAGGGGCUGGGGAAGUAAAAGACACACAAGGGGGAUUGUAACACAAACUACACAAAACUACACCCACACUCUAACACAGUAUACACACUUACUGCUACACAUACACAAUGCUACACACACAGUCAGUCAUAGUACACACUGUACAUAAUAUUUUAGCAAUUUAGGGAACUUUCCUCUUCCAAAUGUUAUGCAACAUCCGUAAUGUCAUGUCCAGUCACAUCACGUAUACAUAAUUAAUUAUGCAAAUUUGCAUGGCUAGUAUUUUUCCCCAAAAAACGUGGCAACCCUGGUUAGGUUCCUUUCCCCUGGGGGCCAGGGGAAAGGAAGCUAGGUUCUCCUCUUAAAAUUUAAAGUAUCCCCAAUUCCCAUGGUGUGGUGCAUGUGCGCACUAUGUUUUCCCUGUUAUUUCCCAUGGGAUGAUGCCUUUUCCCAGUUGCUAGUUUUGUUUAGCAGAUAUGCCCCACCUGCCUUCUGGCAGUUGGGGGCAUAUGGAGGUACGUUACCUCUAUUAUAGUAAUAUGGCGAUCAGUGAUAUGGGGUAGAUUGCCUUCAUAAGAGUUUUAUAUGGGGGUUCAUUUUUGGCCACCAUGAGUUUGUUGCUUAAUCUCUGAUUCAUGUGCUGUAGAUCUAUGUGGAUUUGUUACUUUCCGAAAGAAUCGAACCAAUGUUAGAGUUAAUCAGACCAAGAGAAUCCUAACCGCAUUUAGCUUUUCUAAAUAUAAAAAUUGCCAAUGUGGUCGACAUUUGGUUGAAUGGAAAAAUCUGGUGAACAUUACCGAAUUAAGACAACAUUUUUAGAGAAUAACCCUGAUUGUUUUUUUGUUGUUUUUGUUAUUUUAUAUAUAAAUUUAAUUUCUCCAAUGUUUUAUUUUAGCAUAACUUUGAAGUGGCAGAUAAAUCUGAUGUGACUUUUAUCAAAACGGUCACACUGUUGUUUUCUAAGGCUUUGAGGAAGUUUCAGGGAAAGGACCUUGAAGAUAAGGUAAACAUUUUCAAAAACCUAAUUGUGAAUGUAUGAACUUCCUUUUUUUUUUCUUGGGUGUGUUAAUAAGUAUGUGUAUGAAAAUUCCAGGAUUGAAAUGUUGCUGCAAACCAUUAUAUAUAUAUUUUCUGCUAGGAGUAAAAAUGACGCAUGUGAAAAUGGGUUAUUUGGGCUAUAUAUUUGCUUAUUUUUUAUAAACUGUAACAAACAGGUCUAGGAAAGGAUUCUGUCAAAAUCACAGUUUACAGAUAGAAAGUAUCAUAUCCUUAAUUUUGGCAUCUUCGUUAUAAAAAACACAAAAAAAAACUGCAUGGUGGGUGAUUUUAUCCAUGCUUUAUUCUCCUUGACAUACAUGCCUUGGCAUGCUCAAGAAUAGUAUUGGUUACGCCACCAGGCAAUAUCGGUUGUAAUUUAAAUUAAUCUGUUUCCAAUUAGUAAAAUGUUCAUCAGGAGAGGGACUGAAUUAAUGGAAAGCACUGGUACAGAGCAGGAUUUGUCCUGGUGCUGGCAUAAGAUCAUAUAAGCCCAAGCCAGGACGUGUAAAUAUAGUGAAGAUAUAUAUAAAUGAAGUGCAUGUUAAUGGAAAAUAAUUUGGGAUUUACUGUGUUAUACAUUUCUGCAAAUCCAUCCCUCUUCACUCAACUCUGUGUGAUUUUCAGCAAUGCAGUGUUAUUUUGUUUUUAAGGAGUGCUUUGGAGCUGAGCCCGAGUCUAGUGUUGAUGAGGAAGAUCUCAAGAGUCCCAGAACAUAUUCAGGUAUGUCAAAUAAAAAAAAAACAUUGUGUGACUGAGCUACACUGCCCAUUAUUAUUAUUGCAGUGUACAUGAUUUUCUACCUUGAAUUAGGGAUGACUUUUGGGAGAGUCUAACAGAAGACAGACAUCAUCAAAAUAUAUAUUUUACAUAAGUUUUUUUUUUUUUUUUUUUUAUGUCUCACUUCAAAGAGUAAAAGAACAGGGGGAAAAGAAAGCAAAUAACUGUCAAGAGAUUUUUUCCUUUUUUUAUUUUACAUGGUAUACUUAAGGUGAACCUGUAGUCUUGUAUGAAGAAGUCUCUAAAUAAAAAAACAAUUAACUUUACCAAAAAGGAGGAUGGAGGAGGAUACGACAACUGCUGCAGGGGGACUCACCAUAUGAUAUAGGCUUUGCAGAUUAUGCCGAUAGUCUGUCAUGUAGGGGAGAAACGCAAUUAAGCACAUUUUUUCAUGGCUAUCUAAACAUCUGCUAGCUAUUUCACAUUGCUAGCACAAUGUAUAGAUGGAAAUUACUAUGGAGAUUGAAAUGUGUGAAAGUUCACUACAAAUCUGAAAUUUUCCUUUAUUCUGUUUUAUGGUGGCAGUACAUACGAGUAUUCAUCUUCUAAUGACCAGGAAAUUUAUGACUAAAAUUAAAAUAUUAUAUCCCACCCUCUUAUACCUUGUACCUUCAAAUUAAUCCAAAAGAUAUCCGUUUUUGCUUGUCCCAUGUUGUAGAUGGUGUGGAUUUACUACUGACUAGUAUGUCCGCAAGGCAUAUUCAUCGAUGCUCGGUUUUCUAUGCCAAAGUUUUGUGGAAGAAUGACCCAGGAGGCAUUCAAUUUUACUCCAGUUUGGAGUGCUGUUGAUGCUGACCCAGGAGGACUUUUUCCUGUCUAUUCCAGGAGAAGUGUAGCUAGGGCUGUAAGCAGUGAGACUGCAGAGGUAUGACCUAUAUACCAAAACAGUUUUCUUAAGCUAAAGUUGUUUAUGCGCUCAGUGUCUUUUUAACCCCUUAAUUAUGGGCAAGCCGCCGGGGUCCCCUCCUGUGUCAGGUCCUCGGACCCGAAAUGGUUGUCUGCUCUAAGGUGAUUUAGGCGGCCGCCUAAAUCACCUAAUUAGAGAGCUGCCUCAGCCUGCAGGAACAGCUAUAUAAGUUCAGUGGGCUACAGCUGGGCAUUUCAUCCUGUAUGUCAGGAGUUGCUGUGAACACUGGAAUAGCUGUGGUAAAAUCAAUAGAAGGAACCUAUUCAUUUGUGUCAUGGGAGAACUAGGAAUAUUGUUUCUGUGGCGCUGCAUAAUUAGGUGACUAAUUACAGUCAUCUGUGUCACUCUCAGUAAGGCGCUGUGUGUCACCUCUUAGUCAACUGUUAAAAUUUCUUCAGCCUCCUAAGCACUAAACCUCCUAAGCAUUUUUAACAACUUAUAUAUAUUUUAUUUAUUUUUUUACCUUUAAUUAAUUCCCCAAUGUCUCAAAAAUGAACUCCCACACCAAACUAACGAAAUUAUCUAAUUUAAAGUUAGUAAAAUAAAUGUGACCCCUAAGGGUUAAAAAAAAUAUAAUUUAAUCUCUGAGGGUAGAAAAAAACAGCAUAGUACUGCAAGCCAUGCUCAAAUGACAGAUAAAGGGUUAAUUUAAAUGUAUUCUUCCCAAGAAUGCAAUGUAACUUUGCAAUCCGCAUUUAUCAGUAGCUCACUCUUUUAUGUCUAACAUUCUGCAAAUAUUCUGCAUGAUUUAUUACAUUUAUAGUUAGUUUUUUUCAUCUCUUGCUUUUGUCCCCUAACCAUCAUAUUCUAAUAUACACCAUUUCAACAGUGCAACAGCUAUACCAAUCUUUCUGCUACUUUUGCAGACAGAAGUGUUCUCCACUCUAUUAAAUAUAGCAAUGUAUUCGAUUGGAUACUUUGGUUAAAACUGGUAGAAUUUACUUUGAAGAAAACACUUUUUAGACCACUUUAAUAAAUACAAUCAAAAUAAUGAAGGAAUUUAAUCUUUCACUUUUCAGAACACUUAUAAAUGUCCUGAUUUUAUUAUCACUAUUUAUAUAGCGCCAACAAAUUCCGUAGCGCUUUACAAUAUUAUUAGAGGGGGGAUUUAACUAUAAAUAGGACAAUUACAAGAAAACCUACAGAAACAAUAGGUUGAAGAGGGCCCUGCUCAAACGCGCUUACAGUCUAUAGAUAUAUGCAUAUGGAGUUUUUGUAUUUGUGCAAUACCAAUAUGUGUGUUCAUGUGAGCAUGCAUUUCAGCUAGUGUUUGUUGUUACUGUGUGCAUGCUCAUUCAUUGUCAGCACCUUUGUUUGCUAGUGCUCCUCUAUUUGUCUGUGUGCAAUAUCAGUAUGUAUGUGUGUGUUCCUGUAUAUGUAAUAUUAGUAUAUGUGUGUAUCCGUUAUCCUUUGUGAAUGCCAAUUAUCCCAGUAUUCCCAAUUCCCUUGAUCCAUUUUCUAUCUUCUGCACCCUUAUUAUCUCGCACCAGCACUCAUCAUUAUAUUUUUCUAUUCUCACUCCUUUCCCCCACAAUAAAUUGUUUACCCUGCUACUGGUAGAUUGGUUGAGUGUCUGUGCAGCAAAACUAAGGGUGGAAUCGUCUAAUAACAAUGUCUGUAAACCUGAUGUAUAAAUAAAGGCUGCUCCAAGUAUAAAGUUUAAAACAUAACUAUUAUUCAAAAGCAAACAAUAAUUGUACACAUCAUAGCCCAUAUCUUUAUAAAGUGCAAAGUAUUCCCACAUAACAAGCCUAAUGCGUUUUGGUUUUUUGCUGCAUGGCACUUGAUCCUAGGCACAGAGAGAGCGAGAUACUGUUGAACUGUUUGUGCAGUCUUCAAACCCUGCAUGCCUGGCUUUAGGCCUCUGAGUGGAAGGGCCAGGUAAAUGACAUAAUGUCAAAUCCCCAUUUCUGCUUCACUAUACUAGAUUGAUGCCAGCGACAAAGGCUUUAAGACUACACAUGAAGGACAGAAAGCUUUAGUAAUAAGCGGCCUGUGGUGUGAUCUCCCCAGCAGAUCUGUGGUUAUGAAUCAGGCCCACAGCCUAAAUAGACAGUGAGUGGGCCACGUUUGACAACCCUGUGCUAAAAUAACUGACAUGUUGAAAGUAGUGCAGACCUUUAAAUACAACUUUUUACAUUUAGGUCUAAUAAGUUAUAGACACAAAUAUUACAUUUUGUUCAUGUUACUAUAAACAAAAACUUUUAAAAUUAAAAGAUAAUGUUGAGAUCCUAACCUUGGUGUAGAUAAUCGUAAAAGAAUCACACAUUUAGAAAUAAAACAUUGCAAAUCUGUUCAUAUAUAAUAAAUCUGUGAAUGUCUGUCUAUCUAUCUUUCUCAUUAUUCCUAAUCUUCCCUUAAAGUAUAUUUUUAUGUUUUAGGCUCCAGGUCUGUCUCCAUUUCAAUACAGCCACUUCAUACCCCAUCACACAAACAGAAGAAUAAACAUAGGAGGAGAAAGACUUAUUCUCACUCUUCAUCAAGAUCACCUUCAUCAGAGCAUGUUCGGUCAACCAGUCGUUCUUCACUACAGAUAACUAUAAAAUCGGCCAAUAUAGGAAAAAAUAGUAACUUCAAAGAAGAGCUAAGUGAGAUUGACCUCAGUGAAAAUGAUUAUACAGAAACCUUGGAAGUGAUUGAUACACUUGAGGAAAAUUGUACUUCCAAUCCUGAUCUUGAAGGUAUAAACUAUUGGUGGUUUUCCUUUUCUGUCUAUUUUCUGUGUUUAAUAUGCUCACAUCUUACCAGAUAUAAGCUGCGUGUACAAGGCCCUCAGUUCCUUUUAUUUAACUAUAUUUUUUGGUAAAAGGCUAAAGGGUAAGUAAAACUGGUACCUGGCAGAAACUGCAUGUGCUUCAUAUGGUUAGAGAUACAUAAUUUCAUGGAUAAAAACAUUAGCUUGAUCUCCUAGUAUUGGUUUAUAUUUAUGCAUACCUUUGAGAAACAGAAUUUGGUAUUCUCUGCUUGGGGGCUUGUGAAACUGGUAGCGUACGUGUGUACUCCAAUCAAUGCAGAAGCUAUAAUAAGUGCUAACAAAUACACCCUUUAUUAUUUUUAAACAAUGCAAGAUUGUCACACAUUCCUUUUUGGGGGGGGGGAGGUGAGUGUUGUUUUUUCCUCUCUCCAGUGUGGUUUAAUAAUCUUUACAAAAAUAUUCAUAUACUCAAUGUACAAUAUACUCAAUGUAACAAGUACAUUUUACCGCAAGAUAUGCAUAGCAUUUUAAAAUAAUGAAGAAGAAUCAUAUGCAGAGCACUGUCCACAAAUCUGUAAAUGCGUUGAGAAUGAAUUUGAGUGGAAUGUGGCGGGGGCUAAUCUGCAUAAGUUAUAGACCUCUACUGUACAGGCGUUUAUGGGAUAAGUUCAGACCCUGUGUAUCAGCAGUGGCAAUAGGAAAAAAGCCGAUAUAAUCAGGGCCGGCACUACCUUAGCACGCACCAGCCCUGGGGGGCGCAAUGUCAGGCUGACCGGCAGGAAAGAAGCGCACUGUGCUCCCCUCUGGCCAGUUACUUCUUGUAGUGUGGCCAAGCGCAGAUGUUACCGCCCACGGAGCCCAGCCUCCUACCCUGGUGUCUGCUGAAAGCUGUGUGGCGGGGGCAGGGAUAUGAAUGACAUCAUAUCCCUGCUCCCUGUGCACCACACAGUGUGGCUGGCGCCCAGUGAUGGGCUGGGCUGCAGGAGGAGACUCCAUAGAGCCGGACAGCAUGCACCCCAGGGACCAGGUUGAACAGAUGUAAGUAUGUAAUUGGAACUGUCUAUGUAUGUAUGUAUGUCUCUGUAUGCAUGCAUGCAUGUAUGUAUGUCUGUCUCUGUAUGCAUGCAUGUAUGUAUGUCUGUCUCUGUAUGCAUGCAUGUAUGUAUGUCUGUCUGUAUGCAUGCAUGUAUGUAUGUGCAUGCAUGCAUGUAUGUAUGUCUGUCUCUGUAUGCAUGCAUGUAUGUAUGUCUCUGUAUGCAUGCAUGUAUGUAUGUCUCUGCAUGCAUGCAUGUAUGUAUGUCUGUCUCUGUAUGCAUGCAUGCAUGUAUGUAUGUCUGUCUCUGUAUGCAUGCAUGUAUUUAUGUAUAGAAAACAGAUAGAAUUAGGCGCUCUCUAUAGUAGUGUAUACAAUAGGGAGUGGGCAGCAGUGACCAACACAAGGAUUCCCUACCUUGUGAUAAAAUAGUGAACAAAAAGAAAAAGGAAACCGCGCCCUUAUUAUGAUACGAAUAUACGUAUUUAAGUCCUUAUGGUCAUAUACUUUCGAUAGUGUACCUCAAAAAGAGAAAAAGAAAUACAAAUAAUAGUGUAACACUGUUAAUAUUUUGUAAGUAAACGAAAAGUAGGUAGAUGUACACUCACAUGUAACAGAGCUAAAUACAGAGCUCUACUGCUCUUGCGCAUAGACGGAAUAAUCCCCGUCUCAGGAUAAAUGUAAAGUGGUCCACGUCUUGAUGGUCUCAAACAAAGAACACAUAGAUAGACGGAAGAAACCACAUAGUGCAGUAGGUACUGAUAUCUUUUGGGAUGAUAAAUAAAUAUAAAGUAUAGUACUCACAUUUACUAGAGCGUGCCUCGCUCUAGUUUAUAAGGUGUAGGUGGUAUAAUCCCCACCAAGGAAUAAGAUGGUAACCAGAAAAAAAAAAUAUAUAUAUAAUAAUAAGAGUGAUAAAAAAUAUAUAAUAUAUAUUGUAACUGUUUAUUAUACAUAAAAAUCAAUAAAAACAAAUAUAUAGAAAACACUCUAUGAGAAAGUCCAUAAAAAUCUACUUUACACGUUUCACGUAUGGAGGCUUCUUCAGAAGUGUGGAUAGAGUCCUUAUAAUGUCCAAAUAUAUAGAGAAUAAAGCUUAAAACGAUUAUCUUCAUGUGUUGAGAAAUUACUCACUGUUUCCUGGUUUUCGCGCGCGCGUCAUACCGGAAGUGACACGGCGCCAUCUUAGCCAAUGAUAUGCUUGAGGAUAUGGUUUGUGUUAACCACUGGUGGAACGCACACGUCAUACCGGAAAUGACGCGGCGUGACCGGACAGUGGUAUUCUAUGCGUUCCACGAAUGGAACGCAAGCAAAAAACGGCAAUUAUAGAAACAGGGCAACACUUUUAUGUCAUAGAUAAAAAUAUUAAUUUAAUUUUUCAUGCAAUUUAAAGUGACAGGAGUAUAGCAUCUCUAAAUGCACUCACACCAUUAUAGCACAAGAGCAGAUAUUGAAAAGCAGGAAUAAAAUUACUAAGAAGGCCCAAAGAGAGGGUUAUUAGGAGAAAUAAAAACUCUGGGAACAUAGAAUACACAUAAAUAUCUUACAAUUAUAGGUAUGGAGUGGGCAUGGCUGGAUGUCGAAUCUGGUAUCCUAUUCCAGAUACAUAGAUGACCUCAUUUUUAUUUGGAAAGGCCCUAUAAAGGAAGCCCAUGAUUUUAUCCGGUUUUUAAACUCAAACCAAGAGGGAAUUAUUUUAACUUCUGAAAUAAGUGAUAAAGAAAUCACUUAUUGAUUUUUAUGUAUAAUAAACAGUUACAAUAUAUAUUAUAUAUUUUUUAUCACUCUGAUAUAUCCAUUAUUAUUAUAUUUUUUUUUUUUCCUGGUUACCAUUUUAUUCCUUGGUGGGGAUUAUACCACCUACACCUUAUAAACUAGAGCGAGGCAUACUAGUAAAUGUGAGUACGAUACUUUAUAUUUAUUUAUCAUCCCAAAAGAUAUCAGUACCUACUGCACUAUGUGGAUUCUUCUGUCUAUCUAUGUGUUCUUUGUUUGAGACCAGCAAGACGUGGACCACUUUACAUUUAUCCUAAGACGGGGAUUAUUCCGUCUAUGCGCAAGAACAGUAGAGCUCUGUAUUUAGCUCUGUUACAUGUAAGUGUACAUCUACCUACUUUUCGUUUACUUACGAAAUAUUAACAGUGUUACACUAUUAUUUGUAUUUCUUUUUCUCUUUUUGAGGUACACUAUCGAAAGUAUAUGACCUUAAGGACUUGAGUACGUAUAUUCGUAUCAUAAUAAGGGCGUGGUUUCCUUUUUCUUUUUGUUCACUAAUGUAUUUAUGUAUGUAUAUCUGUAUAUAUGUCUCUGUAUGCAUGCAUGUAUGUAUCUGUAUGCCUUUGUCUCUGUAUGUACGUAUGUCUGUGUGUCUCCAUAUGCCUGUAUGUCUUUGUAUGUACGUAUGUGUCUGUAUGUAUGUAUGUAUGUGUCUGUAUGACGCAAUGCCUCUGUAUGCCUGUAUGUGUCUGGAUGUAUGUCUCUGUAUGCCUAUGUCUCUGUAUGCCUAUGUCUCUGUAUGCCUGCAUGUCUCUGUAUGCCUGCAUGUCUCUGUGUCUAUAUGUCUCUGUAUGAUUAUUUCUGUGUUUGUAUGACAGUGUACCUGUAUGACUUUGAUGCCUGUGGCUUGGUCUUCUUUCGGGAGCUUUCAUUAUUAAACUAACAAAUGCAAAUGUUCAUGAAUUGGGUAGUAGUGUGCCUGGUGUUCAUUCGUUCCAUUCAGUCGAAUGCCGCUCUUAAUAUACAAAAGGAAAUGAACGUACGAACAGGAUGGAAGUUCAGCUGUGUUCGCACGGUUGAGUGUCCGAUUAUAGUUCCACGCAUUCGUUGACCAAACACCGCUGUAUGUUCGUGAGCAAAGAUGGCCACCACCACCACGUGUUCGGUUAUAAGACCAUCCGUACGACCAUUUAGAAUAUUCUUGUUCUUGGGUAGAACAUUGGCUUAAGGAUAGAGUACAAGUUGUCAUUAAUGGUAAAUUUUCAAGCUGGGACCACUUCUAUUUAACAAAUUUAUAAAUGAUCUUGAAAUAGCCAUUGAAAGCCAUGGUUUAGUGUUUGCAGAUGACCCAAAACUUUGCAAAGUAAUAAAAUGUGAGCAGGAUAUUGCUUUGCUGCAGAGGGAUUUGGACAGAUUGGGGCACUGGGCACUAAAAUGGCAGAUUAAAUUUAAUGUAGAGAAAUGCAAAGUUAUGCACUUCAGGGUCAAGAAUGCACAAGCAACUUACACCCUCAAUGGUAGUGAAUUAGGGAUAACCACACACGAGAAGGAUUUGGGAAUUAUUAUAGAAAACAAAUUAGGCAGCAAUCUGCAGUUGCUAGAGCCAGUAAUCAGGAUCUCGAUUGCCGGCGUGGGAUCAACAGCGAUCAGGUAAGUGCCGAUUUACGAAAUGGCGUACCAGGUACGUCCACGGUCGUUAACGACCGUUUUUUGUCGUAUGUACCUGGUACAUCACUGGGCGGCAAGGGGUUAAACAUCAAUGUUUAUUAAAUGAUGUUAAAUGAGGUUGUCUUUAAAAAAAAAAACUUUAACUGCAAUGGUUUGUCAUGGUAUCUGUGCCCCCGGGCGCCAAUACUUCUCUAAUGCUGGGUGACACACAUCAAGCUUAUGUAUAGCUGCAAAUACCCAUCCCACCAGUAAUUCACUGGCUGAACACGUCAGCUGAGCAUUCUUAACCAAUGAAUGGCCCACUGUGCAACGAAUGAGCACAGAAUGGGCAUUAGUCAGCCUGGAACUCUUGUUCCGGGCUGGCUACUGAUAUACUAAUGACACUGCUGGAGGUGGAGCUAAACCUUUGGCAGCAAAAUAAAGCAUCAGUAUGUGCAGAGUAGAAAAUCUGAACAUAAAGAUUAAAAGCACCACUUCAUAACACACUCAAAGUGAAGAACACACUCAUAGGACUACAAAAUCAACAAGAUAACAUUUGUUUUUUUACAGCUGUGAAACCGCAUACAGGUGAUACUCGAAAAAUUUGAAUAUCGUGCAAAAGUUCAUUUAUUUCAAUAAUGCAACGUAAAAGGGGAAACUAACAUAUGAGAUAGAAGCAUUACAAGCAAAGCAAGAUAGUUCAAGCCGUGAUUUGUCAUAAGUGCGAUGAUUAUGGCUUACAGCUCAUGAAAACCCCAAAUCCCCAAUCUCCGUAAAUUAGAAUAUUGUGAAAAGGUGCAAUAUUCUAGGCUCACAGUGUCCCACUCUAAUCAGCUAAGUAAGCCAUAACACCUGCAAAGGGUUCCUGAGCCUUUAAAUGGUCUCUCAGUCUGGUCCCCACAAUCAUGGGUAAGACUGCUGACCUGACAGUUGUGCAGAAAACCAUCAUUGACACCCUCCAUAAGGAGGGAAAGCCUCAAAAGGUAAUUGCAAAGCAAGUUGGAUGUUCCCAAAGUGCUAUAUCAAAGCACAUUAAUAGAAAGUUAUGUGGAAGGGAAAAGUGUGGAAGAAAAAGGUGCAUAAGCAGCAGGGAUGACCGUAGCUUGGAGAGGAUUGUCAGGUAAAGGCCAUUCAAAUGUGUUGGGGACUUUCACAAGGAGUGGACUGAGGCUGGAGUUAGUGCAUCAAGAGCCACCACACACAGACGGAUCCUGGACAUGGGCUUCAGAUGUCGUAUUCCUCUUGUUAAGCCGCUCCUGAACAACAAACAACGCCAGAAGCGUCUUACUUGGGCUAAAGAAAAACAGACCUGGUCUGUUGCUCAGUGGUCCAAAGUCCUCUUUUCUGAUGAGAUCAACUUUUGCAUCUAAUUUGGAAACCAAGGACCCAGAAUCUGGAGAAAGAAUGAAAGGCACACACUGCAAGAUGCUUGAAGUCCAGUGUGAAGUUUCCACAGUCUGUGUUGAUUUGGGGUGUCAUCUGCUGGUGUUGGUCCACUGUGCUUCAUUAAGUCAAGGGUCAAUGCAGCCGUCUACCAGGAGAUUUUGGAGCACUUCAUGCUUCUUUCCGCAAACGAGCUUUAUGGGGAUGCUGACUUCAUUUUCCAGCAGGAACCUGCCCACACUGCCAAAAGCACCAAAGCCUGGUUCAAUGACCGUGGGAUUACUGUGCUUGAUUGGCCAGCAAACUCCCCUGACCUGAACCCCAUAGAGAAUCUAUGGGGCAUUGCCAAGAGAAAGAUAAGAGACAUGAGACCGAACAAUGCAGAAUAGCUGAAGGCCGCUAUUGAAGCAUCCUGGUCUUCCAUAACACCUCAGCAGUGCCACAGGCUGAUAGCUUCCAUGCCACACUGCAUUGAGGCAGUAAUUGCUGCAAAAGGGGCCCAAACCAAGUACUGAGUCCAUAUGCAUGCUUAUACCUUUCAGAGGUCCGAUAUUGUUCUAUGUACACUUCUUGUUUUAUUAAUUGCAUGUGAUAUUCUAAUUUACUGAGAUUGUGGAUUUGGGGUUUUCGUGAGCUGUAAGCCAUAAUCAUCGCACUUAUGACAAAUCACGGCUUGAACUAUGUAAUGCGUCUAUCUGAUAUAUUAGUUUCCCCUUUUACGUUGCAUUACUGAAAUAAAUGAACUUUUGCACGAUAUUCAAAUUAUUUGAAUAUCACCUGUACAUUCACCAGUUCAGUCCCAUUACCAAACUUUUCUUAAUAUGUCAAGGUAGUUGGACUGAAACAUUAUUUUAUAUACAAAUGCAGUCUCUUUAAAAUAAAUUUGUGCUUUUGUUUAGUUUGAAGCCCUACAAGCAUGAGGACUUCCAGUGUCAGUUAUGCAACUUUGUUUGUAUUGUACUUUUCUAAAUAAACCUACACUUCGAUGAAAACUGAAGUCUUUGUUUUUUUUGGCCCAAAUAAACUUAUACCUUGUUUAUUUGGCCCGUGUUAGCAUUUGAGUUUGACAUGCUCGCUUUAAAGUGCCACUGUCAUGCUACUUUUUAACUAUAGUUUUUUUAAAAGAGCUGGAGCAUCUAUACAGAGUGCUAGCUGUUUUGGAACACCCACCUCUUUAAUGAAAAGAGUUGAGGGAGCGGAGGACCAGGUAAAUAGUCAGUUUCACUUUAAAGUAAGCUAUUCAUUGUGUGUGUUUUAGGUUUUUUUAGAACUCUUCACUGUGAAGAAAUAAAAAAACAUUUUAUUUCUGUAGACAUAUAUUCAGUUAACUUAGAUUAAUUGAAUGUUACCAAAGAUGUAAUACAUAGCAAAUCCUUAUUUCAUGCUCAAUAACUUCUGAAUUAUACUGUAUCCAGUAAACAGAAGGCUUCUAUAAUUUUUUUUUCUCUCCAUUCAAAAGCCUUUUAUUAAAGUAUUAUCAUGGCUUGUGGCAGCCCACAGAUGGCAGAGUUCACAAUGUCCCCUCACCAAUGGUUGGUUUAAAUUUAGCUCUGAUAUAAAAAAAUUAGUUGUAGUAAAAAUUCACCCCUGGUGGGCAUUAUAUGAAUCUUCCAGAUUUGCCGUGGCAAAUGACUUUAAAGCCUUUCCAAAGGAGCAUAUUUAAAACCAACCAAUGAGCUAGGGUCUAGGUCGGUGGUGCACAACACAUGUGCCACCACCAAACAACCAUCAAAUAUAUACUUAUAGCUCAGCAUAUUAACAUGUCAUUAUGAAGCCGAUAUAGCUGAAUAAACUAUAAUCUAUGUAGUAGUGUAUCAUUUGCUGAUUUGCGCUGCAUUACUCAAAACCCUCUCUGUCACUUAACACUCUGUGUUGGACACAUGCAGUCUUUCCAGUUUGAGUUGAACUGAGGAAGCUCAAGGUCAUACUUCUGCAUUAUCAUAUCAACAUAUAGCAUGCCUGCAUGGUAUCCUUUAACUGAGAGUAUCAUCUGAUGACUUUCAACCAAUAAAUAAUGUCCAAACCUGGUAUACGUUGGUAUGAUAAUGGGGACGUAUAAGCUUCUGCUUUAUCAAACCAACUCAGAGCAGAAAAACUACUAGUGCCUGAUAUUGAAAGGUAACUGUCAAACUGUGUACCUGACUUACCAUCAGAAAACACCUGUGGACUGUUGGCACUAUAACCACUAUGGCUCUCCCUAUUGAUUAUGGUCCUUAGUGGCCCUUUUAAAGUGAAUAAUAAAGUACUUAAUAUAGUGUGGGGAAACAGCAACUUAGAAAAUAAACAUAUAAUAGUUGAAUGAUUAAAGGCAGCUAACAAUAUAAAACACUGCAUCUCCUCUACAAAUUCACUGCUCGGUCCUGGUUGAAUUUAGCUUUCUUCUAAUAUCAAGGAAAUUAAAGAACUUUCUGGAUGGCUAUCAAAUUUUCUCCAUUUAUACACUUUUAAAAGUAAAAUUGGCAUCUAGAGAAUCUUUUCAUAAAUCUAUUUUAAACAGUAAUAAUGUAAAUAUAUAAAUAUUAUUCUCAUAUACCCAAGCUAUUGCUCAGUUCAGCUGCAAUUAACACUUGAAGAACUUUUUUUGGUGUGGUGGUGGCAAUUUUAAAAUACAUGUUUUGUUUGUUCAUAAAACUGGGCGUAUUUAAAAUUGAUCAACACAAAGUACAGUCAGUUUGUAAAAAAUUUCGCUGUGAAUUCCCCUUUAAAUACCAUUUUGUUUUUUUACAACUAGUUUGUUUACUCACUUGUGCCGCAUUUCAUUUCAGAUAAGGAAGAUAAUUCUGAAAUGGAUCAGUCAGUGGAAAAUGGAAACCCAGAAUGUCUGACAGCAGAGGCUGCAAGCAGUGACGAUGAAGACGUAUAAUUUAGCAAUGCAUAUGUAAAUAUUUUGGAAUUGGAAAAACACAUGAAAAUUUCUUUGUCUUAUCUAGCUUUGAGCAAUGCAUGUAUUUUGCAGGUUCACAAAAAGAUUUAGGCGCUGACAGUAAAUAUAUUUACUUAUGACUUAUCUGAAUAAUAGGAUACACCCAGCCUUCCAAAUAACUAUUGCAUAGAAUUUUUAAUAUUCCGUUUAUUUCAUGAGUAUGUUUUGUCAUUUUGACUGUGAAAAAUCAUAAUUAUUCCUAUCUGUUCAUAUUUUUUUUCAAAUAUUACUUGUAAAUAAUUCACCUUAUUACUUUGAAUAAUUAAAAUCCCAAGUAAAUAAAGGUGGACUUUUGAAUUUAAACAAAAAUAAAUCUUUAUUAAAACAGUCUUUCAGUGCUACAUAAUAUGGUUGUACCCAUAUAAGUACAGUGAAAAAUUUAUGUAUAAAUACCAUUAACCUAACUGUAAAGACACUCACUUUAUUGCUUGUUUAAAAAAAAAAACAAAAAAAAAAAAACACAACUUAAAGAGCAACUCUAUUGACAUUUUGAUACUUAUGCUGUUUUUAAACCACAUGUAAUUUUAUCUAUACAUUGUACUAGCAAAUGUCUAGAUUGGGAUAAAAACGUAUUUAAAAAUAGGUCUCUCUUCCACCUUUCAAUAAAGUCUAAAGCAGGGGUUCUCAACGUUAGUCCUCAGGACCCCCUACCAGUCCAGGGUUUAGGGAUUACCUGGGUGUGUCUCAGGUGUUUAGA